CCACAAGCCUUUAGCUCAAUAUGCACUGCCUUGCUGCCUGCCUGACUGCCUGACUGACUUGACUGACUAUAGCUGAGUCUCCUUUCACCGUUGCUCACUCUCUCUCCCUCUCUGUCCUGCUCCCUCGCUCCUUCCCUCCUACUUUCCACCCUGUAGAGCGAGAGCACACAGAUCUGGAAGGUGCUCCUCAGACCUGCGUGUGGACAGCUUGAAGACAGCACUUAGAGGGUUUUUUACUCUCUUCCAUCCGCUCUCUCACUUUUGCCAUCUCUGCCAAAAAGCACAUGGAUGGACUUUUUUUGUUUUUUGUUGGUGGCAGAGAAAUAAAAGUUUAACAGACUCCACCUGCACUUAAAAAUAACUUUUUUUUUUCCCUCCACGCUGGACCAGUUUGGGGUGCCAGCUGAGUUCUACCCAGGAGGACAACUCUCCUCUUUUUGCCUGAAUGUUUAUUGAAUACCUGAUGCCAUUGCAUCCCAUGGGAGACACGAGUGGCUGAAGCAAGGAGGGAGGUAGAAGAGAGAUCCACCUGACGCUCGCACCUACCACUACCCUUUACCCCGUGCACCCCCCUGCCUCUCAACGUCUGAGGAGAGAAAGGUAAAGGUAAGUCCUGCCUGCCCUCGCAUUUCUGUGGCUUCCUCAGCAUCCUCGUGUCCUGUGUCUGUUGUCCUCUCUGCUUUUGUCACAUGUGGCUGCACUGGCGUAGGCCAAAAGAAACAGCAGGGGAAAACAGGAAAGGGGGAAAAAAUAAAAAUAAAAAACAGACGGAGAAAUAUCUUAGUCAUGGGACCUGCAUAAUGCUCCUCAGUCCUAAGCUAGUGCACAGAGUAACAGCAUGCAGAUUAAAAGGAACCAGAACAGUUUGUUUGUCAAGUUCCCUCCAGGACAUACAGCCUGAAUGGGCACUUAUUACACUACUAAAGCUGUAGAUUUGGACCCUUUCUCAAGACCCUGGCUGUCUCUGAAAUCCUUAAACUCUCUCUUUCUUUAUGUAUGCGGUAGUGUUUAAUAACAGACUCAGUCUUACUUUGAUAUUUUUUAAGGUAUUGGGACUAUGAUGUUGUUUCAUCCAUACCCACAUACCUUUCACUGAUGAUGUUGAAGUGGGCGUGGGGUGUAUUUGGAGUGUGUAUAGGGGUGGGGCAGUGUGGUAGCUGGAUAUAUAUCAUGGAUUUGGCUCGGUAACACAAAAUCAGAUUUAGAGGAGUGUCCUCAUGGGGUUAGGUCUUGUGUUUUUGUAUGUAAGUGUACCCAUACCACAGAGUCUGUUGGCAUCCACUUCAGCUCGCUGGACUUUAAAGGUCAAAUGGUGAGUGGAAUGCACCAAGGUGAGGGAGCACUACAAAUGGACACAUGGCCCUCUCUUCCCUCGUCUAGCCCUAGCCCUCGUUCCUCUGUUGCUUCACUCUGUCCAUCCACUGUGACGCCUCUGGCAAGUGACGCCGCAUUCCAUUGUAACGACAUCCCUUCAUAGCAAACAGAGAGAGAGGAGAAGUAGCCUUGACUCCGAGUCCUCAGGUAUCACGCAUGACAAACUAACAGAGAGUCGGGGAUUCGAAGAGAUGAGCAAAAAUAAAGGGGAAAAGACCAGAAAGAAUUCCAAAACACAUGCUUCUGCUGAGGCAAUGCGUUUUGCAGACACGUGUUUUACUGCAACAAGAGGAGGCUUUCUUAUCGGUGACAAACUGACAGAGAGAGAGAAAGACAAACAAGGACAAAAAUAAAGUGCGAGUAGUAGAAGUGGAUCUCAACAGACAUGCUUUGCUGAGAGGAUACAUUUUUUGAUCACAUGUGUUUCAGUGCACUGACAGCAAAGGAAGGAGGGAGAGGUGUAGAGUUAGGUAAGUAAGAAAAAAGAGAGAAAAGAGGGGGGUGAGAGUCUGGAAAAGACAACGGGCUGCAGUUUUGAAAUCAAAAACCAUUUUUAUAUUUCACUGGCCUCUGCUGUAAAAAGAAAAGUCAACCACACCUGUAAAAGAUGGCUCACACGCACGCUUUUGGGGUAGCUGAAUGUGUGAGAGUAUCAAAGUGUGUUCCACUAUCGUGAAGGGGAGUGGGUGAAUGGAUACACACCGAAGUGUGAACUCUCCUCUUGGCACUAAGCUUCAGGAGGAGUUUCUCAGGUCUGUGAGGCUGCUGGUGCACAGCAGCAGCAGCGUCUGCUUUACUUUUCAAAGUUCACAGCCUCUCACACAGAUUUACUGUCUUCCAGCCAGCUUCCAACCUUCUCUUAGUUUCUAUUAAACCACCUAUAGGUGAGGAAAUUUAUGCCCCCCUCUGCUUUUGCCUCGCUACCCCCUCCUCCUUGGCAUACAGUCUCCAUUUUUGGCACGUGCGUGGUGGCAACACUGGGCUGUUACCAUGGCAGAGUGGUGCCACUGACUGGGAUUCUUUGUUCCUGAGUGGGCAGCGACUGGUCACUUGCUCUGUAACUUGUGGCUACAAGCAGUUUGAGUGUGUUUUUGUGUGGUAACACUUUUUAUACCACAAAUAACAACCUCCAACCAGCCGCCCAUUCAAGGCUUGCGCCACAAGUGCCAGAGCGUGACCCACCACCAUACACAAACAACACUCGCCGUAUGCACAGCGGCAGUGUCAGCACACUUUCUACCCUGUGCAUUACAAACACCUACAUGGAUUUGCUCUCCUCAAACAGACACACACAUUUCACACAGAUGAACACACUCUUGCUGUCUUCUGCCAAACCGCCUGCUCACACAGCUCUGAGACUCUCACGCCCCACUGCAGUUACUUUUUUAGGCCAAGACCUGUUGAGGCUGGUGCUUUAAAGACCUUUAAGUCAACAUCAGCUCCUCGCUGUCUUGAACAUCUUUGAAUGUAAAUCAUUUUCUGCUGUCAAGGUGAAGGAACAAGGUCCUGUUUGAGGGACUUCCUGGUGAGAUUUCAUCCUCAUUGCGGCAGCUCAGACCCUUGUGCUGCCGGUUCCCAGAUCACUUAUUGAUUGCAUAUCUGUCACUCGUACAUCUUUGAAGAUAAAGGGGGACAAAGCCUGAGGACAGGGAUUUAACAAAAGUUAUAGGAGCAGCAUGUCAAAAAGAGGACUUUACUGUUUAUGAGCUCUCAAUGGCUUGUAAAAUAUUUUACACUUUUGUGCCACAAGGGGGCAGAAUACCAGGAGGUUCACUGGCUAACUAACACUGACAGAAUUAUAUGGCAUCUUCCAGUAUUAGAUCUUUAUUGAUCUAAUACUGUAAUCCCUAACAAUACCUUCUUAUUAAGAAUAUAUACAUAUAUUUAGGAGUUUUACCCAGGAUUAUUAUCACAAAAACAAGAUUUCAGACGAAGAGGUACAACAAUCUUUAAUCCACCCUUACCUGCAAUUUUGCUUUCAAAAUAUUUUCCCAACUUUUGUGAGUCUCAUGAAUAUGUGGGAUUUUUUUCCCUCUGAUUAAACUCAUCCUUCACUUAACGUUGGUAUAUGCUUUUGCAUGUGUGUAUAUUAGAGUGCACAUGUGCUUCUGUUACCCUCAGUGUUAUGCCGUGCUCGCAGGAAAUGAAGGAGAAUGCCACUCAUUCUCCAAGAAAAUUAAACGCCCACUUAUAUUCCUUUACUUCCCUGGAACUGAAACACCUUCAGAACACACACACACACACACACACACACACACACACACACACACACACACACACACACACACACACACACACACACACACACACACACACACACACACACGCACACACACACACACACAUCUGUGCCUUUUGUUUCAUAGGUGAAAACAUGCCGCUCCCUUAGAGGCUUUACUAACAAUGAGUGUGUUUUCUUAAAGUGCACAUUUCAGUCAGAAACCAGCGCCCGUAAUUGCGUCCCCACUCACAAACUCCUCAGUAUGCACGCUCAGCGGUGCUGCUCAUCUACUAAAUGAAGAAUUGCACCGAAGGGCGGUAGAAACAAAACACAGUCCCUGGUCCUAAUCAUAGUCCGACCCAUAACAUUCAGGAUUAAAUGGAUGGAUUUGUUUUUCAGCCGAAAGCAAAAACAGAAAAAAGACAGACGGUUAAGGACGGAAAUGCAUCGUUGCAUGGAGAUUCGUUGAGAUUUGUGUUUUGUUUCCCUUGUCCUCCGCCUUGCUUGGAUUGCUCAUACUUUACAAGCUUAUUUGCGCAUUAUUGGUAGCCACUUUGGCCCAGACUUGCAGCUGAUAUAUGUGGAAGUCAGUCAGCUCUAUGGGAGAUUGUGAAUCUGUACAAAUAAACAGCCCUCCAGAUUGAAAAAGCAGCAUGUAGUUAGCCAGGUCCUUGUUUUGAAGGACAUUGUUUUGGCUUGUUUUGAGCCCCCCAGAAAAAAAAAGAACAGAAGAAAGAAAUAGAAGUAAAGGAAAACAUUUGUUUUCUUUAAUUCUGAUUUGGUUUUAUGUGUAGUUUAACUGAUCUACAUUAGUUCCCCGUUGCUCUCUAAUUUGUCUGCCUCUCUUUAUUUGUGUUUAUCUGUCUCCCACUUGCUCUUUCGUUCUCUCAUAACUGUGUCUGGACCAGAGGGAGUUUUUCCACUGGUCUGGCGGCAACAAGGGGGACGGCGGACGGAGAGAGAGAGAGAGAGAGGGAGAAAGACGGGGAGAGCGAGCAGUGGGGAGGCUUGGCAGACGCUUCUUGUUAUUUUUCCUCCACUUCCCAUUGACUCUGUCAGCGGUGGCUCAGUCUUCACAGGGCCUAUGAGUUUAGAGGGCCCUGAUAAACAUGCCCUUUUCAGCUAUCAGAGGCAACUUAUCACAGGCACACUUAGCAGACAGGAGUAUGAGAAGGUGGAGGGAGCUUUCGCCUUUGUAUCGCCAUGUUUUCCUUUUUUCAACACUCUCCUGAAUUCAUGACUUUGUUCAAGUUCGACCAACUUAUUUCCAUUUCAGACAACAUAUUCAUAACGAGUAAAUCCUGACUCUACUUGGCUCAAUGUAAACCUCCUGUCUUGAGCUACCUUGUUCUCCACUGUAAGAAGAGCCUGAACAAGCCGUAAUAACCGAGUCAUGGGUGAAACACGUAUUGAGCAAUGCUUCUUGGAGUCAAAUCUAUAUUUUCCUAAUGGUUUCUUGAAGUUUUUUUGGGACAGCAACUCGUGUUUUCAAAGAGAUUCCAACAGGAACAAACAGGAAUGAGCGCCUCAGCGCUCGUCCAGGAACAGCGCUGUUCCUAGUUAAUGGGAUGUGACAUCUUGAGCUCUACCGCUGAGGCCGAGUGUUCCCUGAUUUGACUUUGGAUGUGGAGAAGCGAGAGUUUCCCUGUUUCUAGGAAGGAUGUGUUCGACCCCUCCGCACGCUGGAUUUAAUCAUUGAGAAAACAAAAAUUUAAUCCAAAUCAGCAAGCAAAGCCAAUUGAGUAUUUUUUUGAUUAGCUUAAAUCAGGUAGCCGUGCAAAUGAGCAUGUGUGUACAGAACAUGAGGUUGGUUUAUUUGCCUUUCCGUUUUGACUCCGCUACCUCUCAUUCAUUGCCCUUUGCUUCACCGUCUGGCAAGAAUUUUGUUUGGGGCUUCCAAAAGCAGGAUGUUGGGCCAACUCUUAACAGGGGUCAGCUCCUCAGAAUAAAACUCACAUUAUCCCUCUUUUCAUCUUGUUACAUACGUACUUCUCCAGCCAACUGUUUGUUUUUAUUAUUCCACUUCAAAUGCAGAAUGGAUAUAUCUCCCUCUGAUAGGUCAAUAUUGAGUAAAGGAUUAGAAACGGCUCUUCUGAGACCAUUUUGAAAAGCUGCAGACUUUGUUAUUUUUCAGUCUGUGCUUGAUUUAGACGUAUGCGUAGGUGUUCGUAAAAAGAGAAAAGAGACUGGGGUUAUUGUGGUGUUAUAGCUCCCUUGGAAGAGGAUAAUAAAAAGCAUUUCAUUUCACCGAGCCAGAAAUUUGGAGAAGGAAGCGGAUGCUUACUAAGUGACACAUGUAUUACACUCUUUUCUCACACAUGAGACGUGUUUUUUUCCCAGUCUCCGGUAGCAGACGGCAACCCAAUAUCUACUAUCAAUCAACAAAUUUCGUUGUACAAAUUGCAGCUUGUUUGAAGGAACAGCUGCCAAAGACAUGGCGUGAUGAACUGAGGAGUGUGCUUGAUUGCGCUUUUCCAGAAAGUUAAACAUGAAGGUCGAUAUCAGUCAACGAGCUCUUCCAAAUAUCACUUUUCACAGUUCCAAGUCUUUGUUUUCAUUGUGCAACACAACUAAAACAGCAAAGUACGGCCCUGAGCAGCAUCAGUGAGGAGAUAAAAGCAGUGACACAAGAAUUCCAGUUCCCUAUUCAGUUGAUUGGAAGUGCUUUCCAUUUCUGGAGGUUCAUGAAACACAAAAAAAUGGUAGCAAGUCAUAUUUUUCCAGUCCUAGGAAGAAAAAAAAUUGUUCUAUCUUGAAUAGCACAAUAACUUUAAUAUCACCUCAGCCAGCACCGCUUUCAUCGGCUAUGUUUGAGAGCUCCAUGCACUUCCACAUGUGCAAGUUGAACAGAGCAGGUAUUAAUGAUACUAAAUACCUGCAGUUUGUGUGUGCGAUGAGCCCCCAGUGUACUAAGAUGUCCUUGCUUAUUUCAUCAUCUACAUCUUGAAGUUGUAUCUUCUGACAAAAAUCAUAUCCUGCUUACUUUUCACUGUCAGAUGUAUCAUUUAUUACGGUUAUUUCAUGUUAAUGGCUGUUAUUUUAUGUGUAGGGCUGUCUCUUCAGGUAGGGUGACCAUACGUCCUCUUUUACCCGGACAUGCUCUCUUUCUUGGGGGCUGUCCGGCUUUGUUUGGGGAAGUUUAGAAAAUCCUUCAAAUGUCGGAGUUUUGCAUGGAAGUUUCGAGUUUGUGUCACAUGGACUUACUGAGUUAGAAUCACGUAAAAAAAAACUCGAUCCAACCCAAAAAAGUCACAAAAUAAACUAUGUGCAACUCCGUGACUCCGCCCCCGCAUAGUUGUGUCCUUUUUUGGGGGAUUUAAAAUAUGUGCACCCUACUUCAGGGGUUCGGUUGACACCUACCCCCUCUUACUUGCUAGCUUUUAUGUGUCAGGAAAAAGACAUCAAAAUGAAUGUCAGUCUAUUUCAGCAAAGUCCAAAAACUCCUAAGAGGAGCUUUAGAUUUAUAAAGACAUAAAAGGUAUAUUUUUGUCAGAGAAUUGAAAAAACUUAGGGUACAAACUUUUUUCAAUAAAAACAGAAAAUUAUAUUGUGAGUGAAUCAUUACAUCCCUAUUUCUUUACUAUGGAGGAGAUAUAUGAAAUGUAAAAAGAGCUCGGUCACAAGGAUGAACAAAAAAGACUUCCAGAUUCCCCAAAUAGCAUGUUCAUGUAAAUAUUCCUGGGUAAAUGUUUUUAUACAUCACUCACUCUGCACUUAUUAACAGGUGGUUACAGGUGCCCACCACAUGGCCACAAAUAUGUGUCUGCCUCCCUCCUUCCAGCCUUGAAUAAACCGACUGUUUGCCUUUUUCUGCCCAGAUAAACACCCAUACUUUGAUUUGGCUCACAAUAUUCCUCAAAGAGAUGGAUUUAAGAGGACUUAUCCCCCUACGGUGGACCACCCGGGGCUUCUGAGGAGUUUCUUUUGAAAUUUGUCACACUGUAUUAAACAUCUUUCCAGCACAAAUUACCCCACCAGUGGUUUGCACAUUUUUACUUACGCUAGUAUGCAUUCAACAAGGCUCUGUAUCCAUAUGAAGAUGACACUCAAAAACAAACACAUCAGGCAAAACACAACACAAACUUGAAUCAGCUUGAAUCAGUUCAGCGUCCCAGGAUUGUGAGAUGCAGGGUCCUCUCAGACUUAAUGUUUAAAUGGCCUUGGCUUUGAGACUUAAUCCUUUCUGUGCAGACUUUGAGCCCAUUGAACAACAUGUGUUUCAUAAUGCCAUUCUCACAGGCAUUACGCUGCAUACAACACAACCAGUCCUUCAAGGCUUUUGUCCGAAUCAUUUCCUGUAAUCAGCGACAAAGCAGUGAAACGAUAAAAUGGGAAAAAAAAAAACAAGUGUGUGCUCAUUCCAGCUUGAGUGCUUUUUGAGUGUUGCUGUACUCAACGCUGUCUACAUUUUGUGUAAGUUGUGUGUGUGCACUUCUGUUGUUUCUUGUUAUCCCUACGAUAUUUGUGAUGCUUUGUGGAGCUAAACAAAAGAGUCUAUGCAGAUUGGCAGAUUUCCCAAGUGCUUCAAGAAGCUGUUGUAGAAGAAUUAUGUUGAUCCACGCUCAUAAGACAAGACAGGAAGGGUUACGUCCUCGCCAACAAUUGAGGCAGGAUAAAAGUGGUGUCCAGUUUCAUGGCGAUCAUUUUGAGAUGCUGCGCAGUGAAGAGCUGGAUAAACAAACACUGGCUGAAUUGGAUGAAAGGCUCACUGUUUUGCCUUACCAUCACACAUCAACUUGCCAACCUAGUGUGACAAAUCAGUGCAAGCAAGCAAGUUACCGUGCCUUCAUUGAAGUGAUAUUUCAGUUUACCUGGCUAUUUUGAAUACUUGAUUCUUGAUUGACCAAAACCCCAUGACAAUAGUGACUAAUUCUUAACAGUUAAAGCAACUCUGGGAUGAUCAGCUCACACAUCAUGUCUAAUCAACAUGCGUGAAAGAGUCCAGAUCAUGACAUAACUAUCUGUUGACGCUGUCUGUUCAUUUAUAUGCCCCCUGUAAUAACUCCCCAUAAAAACUGUUGUUCAGGACUGCCUGCAACAUGCUUACUCAUGCUUAAAUCGGGGACAUUUUCAGAGACAGCUUUAGCCAGGAACAGGUCAUAAAUAUGGGGACUGUCCCCCGAAAUCAGGGACGUCUGGUCACCUUAGACUACUGGCUUUGUCCCAGUUUACAAACACCAGGCAAGAUCGAAAUAUUAUCAGAAGCAUGUCCACCUACAGUAGUUGAAGUCAUGCCCCCCUUUUCACCUUUACACUCCUGUGUCAUCAUCCAGUUGACCUAUUACAAGAGGCAACAGGCCUAUAGUUUGUACUGUUCGUAUGAAGUGACUUUUUACAUCUUUUUCACGUCCUUUCUUUGUCUGGCAAAGUUUCAUUGACCACCCAGAUUCCUGGCAACACAUUGUUGGGAUUCAAAGUCCAAGCCAGGGACCAGCAAGCAGAUUUUGGAGCAUGUGCAGCUCGCUUAGGCCAGUUUCAGUCCAAUAGAGUCCUAUACAUUCAGAAAGAAAAUCAAUCCCCAGUUGAUCUAGGUUUGGUCGUCUGACUAAGUUAAUGUUUAAUUUACAUUUGCCAUUUCACUUCCCAUAAGCAUUCUAACCACUAAAACCCACAGGAUGCAUUUGUGCUGAGUUAUGCCAGCACUGCAGCUGAUGCAUGUCUGUUUUAGUCAAUGCUCCUGUUUCUCCUGGGAGUGCUGUAGGAGAUAUGUAGAAGAUAUGCACUGAGUGUAAUUUUUCAAAAAGCCUAUGCCCACCACAGGUCAAGCUGCACAAAGAGGAUCUACCUAGACAGGAUGUCAGUCAUAGAAAUGACAAAUACCAUCUGAAAAACUAAAAUAAAAUCUUGUGAUCCAUGUCAGCGGUGUGGUAGAAGCCAAGUGACAGAUAGUUCCAACUCAGGCAUAAAUCAUAAUUCCAUCUUUAAACCUAGCUCUGAGGUGUAAAGUCCUCUGUUAAACCUCAGUUGUCAUGGCCUGUUGUUUUGAAUAUUGAAUAAUUUGAAGCAUAAGGAGAAGCAGGGGAUUUUAAGGUGGUGUUGUCAUACAAAUCUACUCAUAUGGAUGCAAUGUUGUUACAUUUUUCAAUGUAUAACACCAAGAUUAAAGAGAUUAGGAAGCGGCUGUUUGCUGCCAGGAAACAUAUGGUGUGUGUAGCAACUCUGACGUGAAGUGUCUUAUUAGGAACUGAGGAAGGUCAAAGAUUUACAUGAGCUGAGGUAAAGCCGGGAUGUUCCACACAUGAUAGAGAGGAGAAUAAGCUGGUGGAAAUACAUUUUUCUUUUGAUGCUAACUAUGCAGUUGGUGGAUGCUACAGAGGUAAAACAACUUUCAAGGGGAUGCUUUUUGGCCGACUAACAGAAUAGUUAAUUAGUUUGGGCUUUGACUCAAUUACCACACUCUUUCAUGUGGUUUACAGAUGGUUGCGCUUUCUCUAUCUCCACUUUUUCUGCUCCGUUUUUUAUGAGCCACCCGCAAAAAAAAAAAAAAAAUUCUGUUGCGUUGCUUCACUGCUAAUUCGAACCAGAGAAGUGGUCAUUUCCUUACAGUGGGCCCCGGUCUGCUCUGCAAGCCGAACCGACAACCAGCCCAAAGGAGCCUGAGCUGGAUUGAUUCCAAAGCUGGGCAGAAACCGCACAGACCCAAGUCUUCCUGACAUGUGGUGAAAGUGUGAUAGGGAUAUGGGAAACAUCAGACGAGGCAAGAAAAGAGGGGUGGCAGUGGAUCCAUUAAAAAAAAAAAAAAGAAGAGAAGAAAUAUCGAUGCUGGGCGUGAUGAAAAGGGGGUAAAGGAAAAGUGGAAAGGGGUGCAUUUUUGAGAAAGAAGCAAAGAGAGGUGAGAGCACAGGAGAGAUGUGAAGGUGAAAGAAGCAAAAAAGAGAAAAUAAGCUUGGACUUUGGAGCACUUGGUUUGUAGCAACCAUGUGGCGUCUUUGAUCUGACCGUGGAUUUGAACCAGUGUCAACAGAAACAUGCAGGGGCCGUCUGUUUGCUCCCAGACACAGAUCAUUCCUUCGCGAAUUACUCUGCUUUAGUUCGCCACAACCUCUUUACUACACCAAUGUUUGUUUACCCUGUCGGAAACACCCGGCCCAUUCCUCAAGUUGAGCAACGAGCUCGGUAAUACCCCAGAACUCCUGCAAUCAGCUAAACUUUCAAUGCCGUUAAUCUCUGGUGGGAAGCAGAAAUGGGGGUAAUCAUGAAGAUGCAUCAACUCCAACAGUGUUGCCUGUAUUAAAUGAUCAGGAACUGUUAUUUUUAACCCAGGCUUUUAAUGUAGGACACAUACACACUUUUCCAGUCAUUGUCUUCCAUCCAACGGGACGAGACAUGUUUUUUAUUCCUCAUAGUCUGGAAGGAAGAGGGAGGGAUAACAAGGAGGCGGAGGAGGAAGAUGAGGAUGCAGACAUGUCUGCCAGAUCGUAACUGUGAGAGGAUGUGUCCUGAAUGCUGCAUCCCUGCCAUAUGACAUCCUGCUGAUUCAAACCUUAUGUUGAGGGGCAAAGAGACUGCAAAGAGACAACAUAGUUAGGUGCUACUUCUUGGGUAGACAGCAAAAAAUGAACCAUCUGCAAACACGAUUUAAUAUCUCUGAAGAGUCUCGAUGUCUGCCUUUAAAGUUUUUCCAGAGAAGUGCCUUGAGGAUUAAACUUCAGAAUACUUGGAUGGUCCUGGAACUGGGAUUGUUUUAAGCGCUUCAUGUCAGCUUCCUCAAAUGACUAAGCAAAGUGUGAAAAAAGUUGUUCAGAGUGCAGGUUAACAUACAAUAGAGACCAUUAAAGGGAUAGUUUUGGUUUUCUUAAGUGGGGUUGUAUGAAGAACAUGUCAAUAGUUAGUGUGGUGGACAUACAGGUCAGUUUGGUCCCUUUGUUGAAAAAGCCGUUUGGGUAUGGCGCCCACUCUGCUGCAUAAUUUAGCUAACUUUAACAAACUCCAAUCAUAGUACUGUCCUUGUUACCAUAGAAAUUUUAAGCACUUUGCCUUCUGAAACCCGUUUGUUUUAGCAAUGCUCUUGGACACAAUUUAUAUUCUUUCAAAACACUGUGCCAAAUGUCUGAGAUUAUCUAGCAGAGGCAAUUAUGGCUGUAGGGUUUGUAAUUUCAGCUCAGUCUUUCACUUUAACAGCUAACACAGUAUUUUUUUGCCAUGAUUGUGUCAUUGAACAGUAAAUAAUACUGAAGACCACGAGAAGAAAGCUGCAGCAUUCACUAUGGUGAAAGUCUCAGGCUGAUGAGUAAUCCAAAUGACAUUAUAACAUUGUAAUCCAGACUGUGUGAUUCAUCGGUGUCUCACUUGUAACUGCAGUAGUUUUCUUUUUUGGUGGGCAACAGGCUCAGAGUUUACACACUUGCACCACCAGGUAACUUGGGAUUUCUCCUGCUCUCCAGUUUGCACAUGAGUUGGUCUGCUUUCCCUUGAGUCUGAACGGUGUCAUUCUGAUUUGUUGGUUUUCCCAUUGGCACUUCAUAUUCAUGCAUGGCAUCCCAGUCAUUUUAGCAUUGGCAUAAAGAGGGACAUUGACAGACUUUACCAUUUUGUCUAGCUAACAGAUAUUAUUGGGUUAUAUAUGGUAAAAUAGACUUGAUAUAUUUUUGCUAUGUCUUUAGGCAGAGAAGGAACUUAAAGUCAGGAUUUUGCGGCCUGUUCUGAACUGAUUUUGACCAUUUCUUGAAUUGGUCUGUUGCUAAUCUCAUUUUAAAGAUCCUACAUAAAAGGAACAUAAUAUAAUCUGUAUUUGGGAGGUCUGGAUUUUCAGUAGUACCCUACUGGCCAGCUUUGGUUGUAUGCAGGAAAAAAACAGUUUCAGACGUGUGGACAGAGGAUUUUGUUGUCUUAAACUCUUCAGGACUUCACAUCUCAGGCCCACACCCCUGAAGUAAGUCAGAAUGAAGCCUCUAUGUAAUUUGUUGUCUUCUAUGAUUGAAAUAAGGCCCACAUGACAUAGAUGAACAGAUGAUACUUUGGAGAACAUAAUAGACCAAGAAAUGACACCAUUUACAUCACCGACACUCAUGAUGCAUGGGAAAGUACGUUUUAGCUAAAAGUUGUUUGAGUGCUAAGUGCUGGCUACACCACAGCCAUUGAAAAAAUGGCAACACUUCUCUGGGAGGCAUACAUAAAAAUUGUGUAUUUAGAGGCGCUUCCUGAAGAGAUUUCGUACAACUGUGUGAAACAAUCAAACAAAUGUAGGUUUAUUACCAAUCUUGUCUUGAAAUGGCCAGAAUAAACUGGACAAUACACUUAAAACCAGGUUUUUGUUGGUCCAAAGUUCCCCAGACCACACCUGUAUUCAAGACUACCAUACAUAUUGGUGCACAGCUGGGCACAAGUAUGUUUACUAGUUUUCAAGGGUGGAUGCUAGGCAUGAAUUUGAAAACUGGAUCAGGUCCUUUGUUUUGCAAAGCCAAAACAUAUCCAGAUCCCACUUUGGCAUGACUGUUUUAUCAGCUAUAGUGCAUAUUCAAUUUCAAAGUUUGAGCCUUGUCUGUGAUUGUAGUAUAUUUUUUGUUCGCAGUUUAACAGUGGAUGUCUGCGUCCAGCAAAAACUGGUCAAAAUGUCAGAAGAACACAGAGGGAAUCGCACAUCUGCCUGUAGUCCCUCCCUGGGAGUGGAUUAAGCACAAAAUCAGGUCUUGCGCUAACAGUCUUUCACUCUCACUUGGAGCCAAUGACAAAUCCAGACUUAUCAACACUUGUGGGGAACGUCAGAGACCACCUUCAGUUUAGUGCAGUACACACUGACAGUGCCCUGAUGAAUUAACGGUGAUACCCUGUUGGGCUGUAUGUGCAUGUGUAUGAUGCAAAAACCAGGUUCACUUAACAUUUCUCUCCACUCGCUGUCUCUUUUUCGUUCCCUGCUUUAUUACGUUGAUCACAAAUGACUUGUUGUUUCCUCUUGAGGUUUUACUUGUUGAAAGUUAUCGUUGGAGUGUUGAUAGUUAGAGAUUUCUCAGCGUAAAGCUCUUCUCACAGAGGAUUCACGCUUUUUUGGGAAACUUAGAAUUACUGUGGAGCAGCGAGAUGGUUUAUUAUUUUCAGACCCUCAAAAAAGUAAAAAAAAACUCAGGCUAUCAGGAGAAAACUUUAGUGACCUAAGAGAAAAGACAAGAACAUGAAAUUUAAGAAAGGAUUAAAUAGACUGUUGAUUUCAUUGUUUUGUCUCUGACUUUAAGUUGAAGAAAUUUGAAACUCUAUAGCUGCAACUGUACUGUCACUGCUGGAUAAAACUAGACAAUUUGACUCCCUUUAGUAGUUCCCCAGCUAAAACCCCCUUUCAGGAGCUCUUUUAGUAAUGUUCAGACACAUUACAACUUCAAAUAUGUUAUGAUAAUGAGGCACUGCACUGAUUAGUUGUGUAAAUGUUAUUUGAAAUGGGAGAAUGCAGAAUGUUGCUGAUAAACGAAGGAAGAUACCAGAAGCAAACAUGGCGAGCUCUCCAGAAGAACCAGCCCCAGUUCCAAACCAAAUGCCAAUGUGUGGUGGCGCUUAACACGGAAACAUCUGUUGUUGUUGUGUCAGGAACUGUUGGUCAAAAGUAAGAGGACAUAGAAUCGCUCAAGGAGAAGGACUAGGGGAUGAGGGGUUGCAUUCAUGCCCAUGCAAAUCACUCCUGUUGUUACAUCACCACAGGAACCAGUUUAAACUGCCUUGUAAGAACUGUUUCCAUGUUAGAUGGGCCAUGAAAGCAAUGCAGAGGCUUUUUCACCCUCACACUCUAAGGGUUACUGGGCAGAAAGAUGAAAACAUGAAUAAAAACAUGUUUCACAUUCUUUGAUGGGCACAACAUGUAUUUGACUUUCAUGCAAGAGGCUACAGUUUGUCUUCUGUUCCACAGGGGCUUUAACUUUUUACUUAAGUCUUGAAAAAUGCAGUUUGUAAAAUCUGCAUUGAUUACUCUGCAAAUCUCUAUGUCCCGCUAUUCUUUGCCUCUUUCUAUUACACAGCUUUUUGUACAAUUACAGUUAUUCAGAGAGGACAGAAUAAAGAAAAGCAUUUGUUGUUUUCCUCCCAACCCUGGGUCCAAGAAUGUCCAAAUAGUUCUCAGUCCUAUCAGAUUCAUGGCAUAUUCACGGUGUGUCGAUUCAACCCAGUCUGUAGCAUUUUGAUUCUGUCAUCUGUUGUGUCCGCUAACAAUUUGGCCUUUGCUUGGAUGCCGCCUACAUGUCUUCUCUGUCCAUUGUUAAAUGGCAGCACUGUUGUCUGAUACCAUCAUGUGCUGGACACAUCCCUGUUCUUUGCACAAUGGCUGUAACUUUUUGUUGCCUCUCUCCUGAGCAUAGUCUAAGCUUCAGGGAGUAAAAAUUUGUUUUCAUAGUCCAUCUGUGGCCUCAGAUGCACUUCACGCUAUGUCGUCCCUGCAUCCUCUGUCUCUGCAUUUGUCCAAUGGUGCAUCAUUUACUCCAUAGAGGGCGUCUGGAAUGUGUCUGCAAUCACUUCUGCUCUUUUAGUGCAUUUUUUUCUGCAACAAGAGGGGAGCUUAGACACUAACACAAAGUUUGGACAAUGGGUGGGAGAAUAUGCAGAGAUAAAGACCUACAGACAAAGUGAUAGUGAUGUUUUUUCACAGGCAAAAUCAUCUGAUGUUCAGAUAAAGAAAUUGAUCCUGGCGGGACAAUUUCUCAUCUGCCUCAGAACAAAAAAAAAAUCUUUGUUCUGUUGAUUCAUGAUGCUUUUGGAAACCCCGUUUUCAACCCCAGAUGGAAGGUUUUUGUCUCCACUAUCAGUCUAGACUCCAUUUAUUUUCACAUCUGUGCUUGUGCGAUAAGCAAAUUGUAGCCAUUACCUUAUGAGUAUGAGAGGGCAAUUGUGUGCAGAAAGAAAGGGAGGCAGAGGGAAAGGGAAAGGGGGGGAAAAGACGAAGUAGCAAAAAUGAGUGAGACCACUGUGGGAGAUGUGGUGAACAUCAAGAAGUGGGGGUGGAAAUGGAGGAGCUGGGGAGAGGUUUUCGUUGGGUGGGUGAAAGAAAUUUGGCAUCCUUCAUGGAAACGGGGUCUGGAGCACACACUCACACACAAACACAUAACAUACAGACAAGUAGAGGACAGAUACCAGCACCCAUCAUUCAAACAGCAUUUAAAGGGCCAUUUAAGUCAUUCCAACAAAAACUGCGUUGGUUAUGAUACGUUGUCCAGGGCAGACAGAGGGAGAGAAAGUAAUGGCAGGGGAUUGCAAAGUGAAAGGGGCAGUGGACAGAAAAUACAGGAAAAGUAAGUCAGACACUGUUUGUUUUUAAGUCUGCAGUUUGAAUCUUUUCAGCUUACUUUCCUCUGACUGAGAAGGCUGAGUUUUCAAGUCUGGGAAAAUGAUUUAGUGAUAGAAUAGUUGUCUGGGCGGUUUAUAUUCCUUGAAGUGUUAUCAGUAAUUGGUUUGGUUCUUGCCUUGGCAAACUUUGGUUAUUCCUCAAUGAUGUUGUUCUACUGGCCUUGCCUCCAAAUACUAACCCCAUAUUAAUGUUUUAUGCUGUAAGGCUUGUACUAAUGCUUAUACCAACUGCUACUGGUGUUGGACUCCCUCACCCUUCUCACGAAGACCCGGGACUACUCUCAGACACCAACCUUCUCCAAAAACGUGACAGCCCAGAUCAACAUGUUACAGGAAAAAGGAGGGGCUGAUGGUGGUGGGAUGGGGCGGGGGGUGUAUCUGUCUGCCUCACGACCUUAAAUCUCCAUCCAAGGCCAACAAUCCCAUCAGCAGCAUUGCAUUCCAAUGACUGUUAUUUCGGCAUUAUGUCUAUUUGUGCUGUUCUCAGCUGAGGCUACGAAAAGCCGUCUAAACACAGCUCUCUCAUACCACGCGAUCCUGGCCAGUGUUAGCAUAGACGGGUGAGUGCAAAUAUGGAGCAGAAAGGCUUUGGAUAACCGCUGCUACUUGACUCCUUGUGUCCUUUUUUUACCCCCAUAAACUCUUCUUUUAUUCAAGCACGUACAUCCUCAUACCUCUUCACCUAAAUGACCAAAAUUAUUUGAAUCCUCACUUCUUUCUGUUUUAAAGCAUGCAGAUGGUUUGGUCUGAGAAAUAAGUGUCUGUGAACUUUGCUUUCUCUCCAUUGAAAGAGUAGAUGCAAAAGAAGAUGCAUCUUUGAAAGUUUCAUCAUGCACACCCACCUUCACAAUUCAAAGCUUUCAACCUCUACCUCACAGACUCUUAUUGGCUUGUUAUCCACUCGCCAAAAUGAACCACCUUUACCUCUGACACAUGUAAGGUUUUCUUAAACUCACAGUCCUUGCAUGAGUUGAUGUCUCCAGCCCCCGUCUUGUUUUGUUUUGCACAGAUAAAAAAAAAGUGUUGGGGUUUCGCUCCUACCUCUAUAAACCUAAGUAAACACGUUGGCUUCCAAACCAUACAGACUCGCGCUGAAGGGACGCGUCAGACAGGGCCUGAGGGGUUAUGCUUUCUCAGCAGUGGCUGAGUGAUUUGAGGGGAAAGAGUGGUUUGUGUGCAAUUUACAUGCAGAGGACUCGAGUCAUUCUGGGGUCGUUUGUGGGCUGCAGGCAACCAUUCCCUCUUUUCACUCUUGACAGGUCGUCAUAUCUGUGUCUGAUGACCUUCAUUCACACAUGGUCUUUCUCUAACCGGAUUAUCCUCUUCUUGCAACAGGAAAACAAGCCAAGGAUGUUUGCAUUUGCAAGAAGGGAAAUGUUAAAAAAAGCUGCAAAUGGGGAGACAAUAGACAGAAAGACUAGAGAAACAAACCAUCUCCAUUGUAUACUGCAUGCCCUUGGAGCGCAGAUUCGAAAAUCGGUUGAUGAUACUCUUAACCACCUCCCUCCUCUCAGUGUUGCCCGCUAGCGUAAUGUUGCUCAACUGGAAAACAGCAUCAGAAGUCCUCCAUCUGGUUGCAGUUUGUAUCUCGUGCCAGUUUGGGUGGGAGUGAUACAGAGACCUCCAAGGCGUUUAAAACAACAACAGCUCACAGUCGAGAAGACUGGUUGCAUAUUUCCAGCUACUGUAGCAAUAAACACGCUCACACAGAGACACAUGUUCAUGCUCAGAGGAGCCCAUGUGUGUAACCAUUUAACUGAUAUAAAUCGGAUAUCUGGUGACUGAUAACAUUCAGGGGAGCGGGAGGAUCGAAAGGUAUUAAAAGGGGUUAAAAUUCUGACUUGUAUGGCAAGAGAGAGGGGGAGAAAGUGCAGCAUGUAUUGGGCCCAUGGCAAGUGCAGUGGUGGAAUGUCCCAGGGUGUUUUAAUGGAGUUUGUCUCUCCACACCUGUGGAACUAAUAGCGAGCCACUGAAGUCAGAUGUCCUAUGAAAAUAUUUGGUGGAAUGAGAGAGGGGGAGAAGGGGGGCAUGGCUCCGUUCGAAGGUUCAUACCUAAAGACAGGCGUGUAGCUUGGCAAACGCCUAGGAUUUCCAUUAAACUGCAGGUUUGAGGAACAAGAUAAUUGCUCUAGCAGAGACUCCAGCCUGAACUCUGUCUCCUUUUCAUCCCUGUUUCUCAUAGUCGCACUCUGGCCCAUGUGCUGCAGAAUCUUUCAGAGAAGAAACACAGUUUGCAUGCAUGCAUGCUGCUGUUAUGAGGAUGCUUACUUUUAACAUCAAUGAAAGAAGUUUAAUUCCCAAGAGUGUGUUUGGUAGAAACCAAAUGUUCAAUAUUCUGAGUCACAUUUGCAUAUUUUAAAUGAGACCGAAGAGUUCAAAGCAUUUUGUGGAUUAAACUUGCACCCUCAGGGUGUGUUGGACCUUUAUAACAGGAAUUAAAUAACUUACAAAAUACAUGGCUUUCAAACUACAAACAUUUCUCUUCUUUGUGUUUUCAGUCGACAACUGUGAUAGGCUUACAAAGGUUUUAUGAGGUCAGUGAGGAUUAGAAGCCAGAAUGUGGUAUGGAAAUGGUCCUGGUAGCAUUAGAGGUUUGGUUGUGGCUUUCCACUGAUGCAAACACUCCCCUUGUUGCGCCCACUUUUUACUUUGAAGUCAGUAAUGGCAAUAGUUAUCACAAGUGAUGAUGUUCCCACGUCUUUUCUGCAACUAGGGAGGAAGUUAUAGCGGUUAAGCCUGGGACUUGGCUUGCAGUGAAAAAAUAGGCAAAAUUUUGGCCAGUGGUGUGAGAUAUUUUCCAUUUGCUGUUGUCCUUACUUUUAAAAGGAUUCUUCAACAUAAGUGAAACCAGUGUGUGUGCUAGACUAAACUUAAGGCCACGCUAACAACUUGGAUUUAGAAGGCAGUGUUGGGUGAUUAGUCAAUCCAAUGAUCAAAACUGCCAUAUGUCAAUUUCUGCAUGCUGUGUUGGUAGAAUACAGUGGUUACCAGAGUUUUCUGUCAACUCCUGUGGCAGCCUUAUGAAGGUGGUUUUGACAUUUGAGAAAUGACUGAACACAAAUGCACACCACCUUCAUUGAUCAAGCCUAAUCUUGAACCAUAAUGAAGUUGCUUUUAUCAUUCAUCCUCUCAAAAUACUUUGUUUUGUGACUACACUCACUUACUUUCUCAGACUUACUUUCUCAUUUGCAGGCUUCUCAUAUACAGUCAAUUCAUUAAUGAAACCAUAAACCAUACUUAGUUAUAUGUUUACUUAUUGCUGCAAGUAACAUUUAUGUUGCUCUUUUUUUGUAUGCAGAUCAGGGCCUGUGUCCGCUGACAGCAUUUUUUUGUUUUUGCACUGGCAGGACUAUCAACCCUCAGUUUCAGAGACCUACUUAAUAGGUUCUUAAUCUCAUCUUGGAAGGGACAAUUAGUCUGUUUUAGGUUGCCUUGUAUGUUUUAUAUCUGCCAUCUUUUAGAUUUUUACAAAGAAACCUUAAGAACAAUUGAUAGAAAGGAUGUCAUAGCAUUAGCAGCAGCUAUAGGCACAGCAGCUCUGGGUGGUUCCUUCUCUGUAGUGACCUGUUACUGUUAAAGUCGAUAUCAUAAGGAUCACCCUCUUUUUGGUUUUCAUUGGUCAGUGAAGGAAAAAGUGACAUUAAGGAGUAAGAGGCUGUUCUGAAAAUUGAACUGUUUACACCUGAGAGAACUGUGAGUACAAGGUCAAACAUCAGCUGAUACGAAGGACGUUUCUACAUUCAAUACACCUAAGUCAACUAAGCUAGCAGCUUAAACUGAAAGGAACAGAGAAAACCUACAUUCUGUGCUCAUAAAGAAAUAAGUGUUUCAGACCCAACGUUUUUUUUUACACCAGGCUGUAAACACUUCAAUGUUGCUGUGAAUUUGGCAUUUUGGCUUUGGUGUCAGUGGGGAUCUACUGGCCUUUAGAGUUAGAUCCAAAUAGACUUUUGCCUGUUAGCUUCACAUUUAACCCCAGAGAGUGCUACUUGGCUUUGACCGACAGGUGCAAAGCUGCUGAUUGUAUACUGCCGGUUCAAAGCUACGUUUAGCCAUUACUAGCUUUUACAGGUUCACAUUCCUCUCACAGACUUGUAAAUCCUCCUGGCGAUGGUGUGAGCAGGAGCAGGAGCAGGAGGUGUGAAUGAAUAAUUGAGGAUUUUUAUUGAGUGAUUAUGUUGUGUCUCAAAAGACCAUCUGACAUAAUGAUGUCAAGUUGAGUUGAGUAUGUGUCAGCUUGGAGGAAGACAGGCAACAAAAGCCCUCCUUUAUGACCCGGCUAUCUUCUAUCGCCAGAACAAAGUUGUUAGUGGGUAGACAGAGGGCGAAUAACUCUCUGGAUCAAGACCUGUUUCAAGCUAUGGCAAAGUGCCCAGCUGCCCCAUACCUCACAACUUUUCCUCUCACCCAGACUUUAAUCUUGGUCUCACUUUGAUAUCAAAGACAGACUCACUAAUGUGGGAGGAAUGGAAGUAAGGAGGGAGAGUUUAAAAAAAAAAAAAGCCAGGGGAAAUAAUGAGGGAAUAAUUGGAGAAUAUGGUUUCCAAAGCUAUGUUUUUUCUUACGAAGCAGAGACGUAUUCAAGUCUGGAGAUCAAACGAUGUGGUGCUUUUUAUGUUCGCGGACCACAAUGAAGAAAGGAGCUGAGGUUUCCCGCAGCGGCCUGCUCUGUGUCUUCCUAGGAACUCUAGCAGCUUUCCCUUUCUCUGUCUACCUCUCUUUCCCUCUACUGUCUCUCCCCUUCCUUGCUAUUAAUCUGCUGUGUCAUUUGUUGGAAGUCAGUCUGGCCUUUGCUUAAGUCCCCUAAUAAGUCUGCAGAUGAUAUCUCUCGCCCUGACAGUUAAAAUGGCACACUGUUAAACCUGUCUGCCUUGUGGGUCUGCACUACCUUUUUCCCUUUGGUAUGGAAUAAAAUGACUUGAGAAAGCAUCAAAUAAAUCACUGUCACACUGACUGAGUCAUAUUCUGUAGCUGUAAAACUACAGAGUGUUUAACAGGACAUAAAAUCUGCUGUGUGUGCAGUUUGAUGGCUCAUGAAAGAGAGUGAAUCCAAGUGGAAAUGACACGUUUCCUCAUUGAUGAUCUCACUGAAGCACUUGCAUGUAGAUAGGAGGCAUCUGUCCAGGCAGGGUAAGACAUUUCCUCGACCUUAAACCUGAGUCACCAUUCGACUUAUUCUAACUGCCCCGGUCUGCUGCCCCCCUUCGCUCCACUUUGCACAAAUUUGCCAUCUGACAACUUGUAAACAAACUUGGUGAAAGAGGUCACUCAACACCCACUUCUCUCUCAAAUCCCCUCUUCAUCCCUGUCAUUCCUUAUUUUGGCGUGCCGGUCAUUUAGGUUUGUUUGGAGUAAUAACUAAGUGGCGACUCCCACCCUUGGAGAGAUUUAGCUCACUGGAAGGACUGAAUAUGACUUCAUGAGGGUAUACUUCGACUCUGUCUUCCUUAUUAACCUUCCAUCUUUGAGCCUGUCGUACCACACAGACGUUUCAUUGUGCUGGAGUGGAUGUACAUCGCUUUGGCACCUACUUUAUUACCACUUGGGGGCAGUAAAACAACCCUUAGACAGAAGUUACAUUUUAUUAGCUUUUAAAUGUGGCUGCACAGAUUUGUUUUCUUAUUUUAAUUCCAAAUGCUAAAACAUAUUAACCUUCCUGCAAACCACUUAUUACACAUUAUCCCGCUUAUUAGCCAGUUACCAACCAAAGACAUCAAAUAGUUGAUUCAAAAUACUGAUUCACUGAUUCCUUAAUGGCUUUGCUGUUGACUCACCUCAUUAUGUGCUGUUAUCACUUUCACUUGUUUUUUUAGUUACUUUUUCACAGUUGGUAUUUUGGAGUCGCUCUUACACAAGUAGCUGCCAGUCCCCCAAUUCAAGGACGGUGUUCCCUCUCAGAGAUAGUUGGGCCCAAUAGCUCUUCAGACUGUUCUGAGAUGAGAACUAUACCCUGUAACUGUCAUUAUUUUACUUAAUAGAAACGCUUGUAUUUCCCACAAUGCCAACAGGUAAAUGUGAAACAUUCUGGACUCCUUUACAUGGAUUGGUUUGACACUGAGAGUGUGAUCAGCUGUUGAAAAUUAAGCAACUUUGUUACAUGUUUUGACCAAUCAGAAUCAAGCCUUAAGCCAAUUCGUAAUACCUGUUUGAUACUAGUGACCUCUUUCACAGAUUAAUAUCAUUUUGAAAUAUCUGGUGUUGGCUAAUAUCUGAUCUCUUGAGGCCGAUUAGAAGAUAGAUCAUGUCUGCAGACACUGCAGGCAGCUUCCUCAGUGUGAGUGGUUUUGUGUAAUGUUAAUGUCACAUCAAAUGAUAACAGGUUCUUGAACAGGUGUUUGAUAUAAGUUCUGUUACGGUUUACAGGAUAAUGUGUGGAGUUAGCUCUCAGUCAUGUUCUGCUGUCUAAUGCAUACUCCAACAUAUUAUACCAUAUACUGUGCUUUGGCAGACUUGCUCUCCUGGUGCUGUCAUUGGCACCAGGGGAUUAAUUGAUUAAAUUAAUUAAUUUUUUAACCCUGAUGUUUGGCAAGUUAUCUGACAACUGCAGCUACUGUUACCUAAGCAGAAUAUCUGAACACGUGUAUUACUGGUUACUAAAUACACAGCACUGUAAAAGGUGUAAGAUUUUUGAAGAUUCACUUCUAUUGCUACUGUAUAUAUUCAUAUAGUAACAUGAAAGGAAGUAACGUGUUUUUAAAUGACAGGUCCUGGAUCUUAAGUGGCCAUGUUUGCUGUACAUUCAUACCAGUCUUCCACAUCUUGAACCACCUUCAAACAGCAUCUGUAUCAUCCCUGAAAACAAUGAUCACAUUGGCUUCAGUGCAAAACUUUAAAAAGGUCAGACAGAACAACAGCUGCUCACCCUGAUGUUUUCAAAGUCCGAACAUUUUUGUGAAGCGCACGUGCACCUUGUGCUGUCUACAACAUCGAUCUCUGUUUCUCUUCGUGAUCAUCCGCUCUGGAUAGACUCUGUGAAAGGAGCCUGGCCUCUGCUAUCUCCCCCCUACUGCCUCACUGUCCAAGGAUGUGUCUUAUUCAUAAGUCUGUGGUGUAAGUUUUAUUCUUUUCUAACUCUCAUAUUCCUCCCACCAAUCCUCCCGUCCCAUCAAGCUGCCAAGUGGAGACAAAGAAGCUGCUUCAGCCCUCCUUUGGUCUGGUGAUUAUCUAAGUGAGGGCCCAUCAAUCUAAACUAACUCCAGACUCUCAAGAAUGUCCUCGUCUCCUGGUUGCCAGGUUUGAGAUAAACACAUAUCUGAUCUUGAGAAACCAGCCUUUAAUGAACCACUAGAUGCAUGCAAUCUGAUGUAGCCUCCUUACACUUAUCAUAACCUCUCAAACCAGACCCCGUCAUGCUAGAUUGACUGAUAUGAUCUGAUUAAAAGCGCAGAGGAUCAAUCCCACCGUUGAAAAACUCAAAAAUACUUCCUCAGUGUUUUUGUAUCCCCGCUUAAUUUCAACCAUUUGCUUCAUGAUGCAUAAUGAGAAGGUUAUUACUGCGUCUGAGGUUGAAUGUGCUGUUUUAUUGGCUCUUGGCAGCGUAGCAGGAAUUCCAUGAGGCAGGUGAACAAGGAAAUGGAGUUCAUUCAACACUACACAAUUAUCUGAAUGUUUGUUGUCAUUAAGAGAUCUUUUGGUUUCCCCCCUUCCGUCUUUUCCUGGGAAACAGCACUCAAACUUGACUUUCUGGGGAGCAGACAUGGCUGUUUUAUAACACAUUAACCAUAAAUUUGACCUGAGUUUUUGUGUUUACAGCAAUAACAGAUGUGCAAACAAUUCCUUUCCACCGAAUGAAACCCUGCUUCGGAUAUACCAUUGCUCAUAUGGCACACAGAGGAGUAUAAAAGUCAAUGUCUAUAAGUUUGUAUCAUUGUUAUGCAGCCAGCUUUCAGUCCCCCUAAACUGUCCCAGACUGACAAUGUCGACUGCGUUUGAUCUUCAACGUUCGUCGCUCUUGUCUCAUAGCAACUGGAACAUUCCAUUGUGUGUCUCUGAUCACCUCCCGAUGACUGGGAUGUGGAGAUAAGAGAGAGGGAAUGAAGAGAUCUGGUUUUAAUAUAAAAAAGGAGCCCCGAUGAAAUCAAUCACACUAAGGGGAACUGAACAGGGAGUCACCCGGAUCGCGAUUAGUGUCAAGAGACUUGAUGGGUGUUGACAAGACGGGUGGGAAGGUCAAAGGGAGAAGCAGUGUCAGCAAGGGAGACAGAGAGAGAAGACAAGAAGGAUCUCCUCUCCCCCUCUUUGUGUUGUUAGUUCUUUUUGGGGAGGAAAUAUUGAGUUAACCCCCCGUCUCUGCCAGGCAUGCUAAGAUUCAUUUCUUUCUUCAUCGUACUUCUUUAAUCCAGAGGCAGAGACAGCCAACACGGUUGCAGUGGUAAAGCUGAUAUAAGCAAGCAAGCUAACCCCAAAAUGCUAUAAUACAGCCUGCGUUUGCUCAAGUGAGUUGUAUCGCUGGCUUUAUUUCUGGAACAGUGAGUCCAUUUUAAUGGCGGUAGUCUUUACUUUGGCCCAGCUGCGAACCUGCAACAUCUCAUUUAGCAACUUUUCGUUUCCUCCUGUUCAUUAUACAAACUGUGAUUAGUGAAACAAGAUGCAGCGCUUUUGGCCAAAUAGCAACUCUCUGUCUUCUUUCCUUCCUUGAUACUUAACAAACACUUUUGUUGAGCUGUGCUGGAUCACAAGCAAAUUAGCAAACCCUGCGCCCAAUCUGUCUUCUGUCUCAAAACCGGAAAAUCCGAGUUAAUUAUUACACACACUACAAUCCAAAUAUGAUUCAGUUUGAUAAAUGCUGCCUGCAUUUUUCAUGUUCUUUUGGAUGUUUUUUAUCACGAAGUUGCCAGAUUUGCUUGUAGGCUGGUUUCUCACUCACUGACCUGGAGAGCAUGGUGUACUCCCCAAGAGGUGUCUGUUUUUCCUGGAAUACAACUAAACAUUACAUGAGCCCGCAACUCUGAGAGUCUUUGUUUGGCUAUCAUUGAUGGUUCUUAAAAAUUGUUAUAAAUAAAAGGUGUGUAUUAUAUUAUACAUCAUGCCAUAUGAAAGAUCAUAUUCCCAUGUUGGCCAGAGUCAUGGUGGGAAACUUUAAUAGUGUUAUUAUGUCUUCAUGCUGUGUUCCAGGUUGUAAAUCGUGUAAAUGUUGGCAAUUUGAGUAAAUUUAGUGUGAUCAAACCCCUGUACAGUGUUUGGAACAUCAUUGUCAGCUAGCAUGAAGUAAACCCAACAUAACUGUUAGCGCACCUAAAGUAGCCAGCUAUUAAAAAAAAAAUAAAACAUAUAGUAAAAAAAAAAAAAAAAAAAAACUAAGAAAUUUUUUUUUUUCUUGAGGAAAUAUUUGACUUGUUCCAUUGUAUCUAUGGAUUUAAAGUCUAAUUGCCAACUAGGAAAUGGCUGAAUGCUAAUGUUAGCUUAUUUUGGCUUAAAAAAUUAUCAGGCAUCUCUCUGGUUUUUAAAUUUCCAUUGUUUUUCCAUUAAUCAAUCAAUCAUAGAGCAACAGUGACAGAUUAUCAGGUUUUGGGGAUUAUGCAGCUUGUGACCUGAAAUACAGCUCUUAGCUAUGAUAAUAUUUGAACUUCCCACCUUGAGUAUGAUGCCACAUGAAGAUGACCACCAUGGGAAUUAAGGUCUAUUGUGAGCUGAAGUGUUAUUAUUCUUGUUCUAUGUACAAGGCUGGUAAUAUGUUUUUAUUCUUGUUAAAUCCAACACAAAGGCCAAAACCAACUGAACUGAUUCCAAUAACAAUUUUACUGCCAGAGAACUCCAUUGUUGCCCCAAAAUUGACAUUAAGUCACAUAAUUGCAGAGGUUUAUAUUCCUGUAUAACAAUGUAAAGAUGUAAGCGCCCACCUGACGUUCAUAUGUGUCCAUGCAUUCUUUCUGUCAAUAGUCCCCAAUAAAUGCACAGUUUAACUACAAAGCUCUAGCCCUAGUCUGGAACCGCUCGCUUUGUUUUGGAUUUGCACUAGUUAAGUAAGUACAAAUCAAAGUUCUUUGUGAUGCUUCAACAUAUCAGAUAAACCAAAUGUGGUGUUGAAAUCUUUAGCAGUGGCAGAUCAAGAUAAAGAAGCCACCACUUAACACUUGUGUGUAAUGAAAACUUGUUUUGAUUAAUACUGAUGCAAUAUCAGAUUCCAGUUAUUCCACAUCAGCUAAAGCAGAUUUGGUCACUCACUAAAGUGCCCCACCUACACUUUCAGAUGAGGAUUUUUUGGGGCUUGACCUGAAUAGAAAACAUGAUUUUGCACGUUCAACCAGGUCAUGGGCUAACAGACUCCCUGUUUAGAGCUUUUAAUGAUGAACCGCAUAUGAUAUUAGACAUCUAGUAAACUGCAGAACUGUGAAGUAAAACAGGGUAUGAUCUCAGCCCUCCAAGUUUAUCCCCAUCCAGAGGGCCUGACACUUCCCAGAGCUCCUAACACUGUCUGGUCUGGUCAGACCUUCGCUGUUCUCUGGUGGCUCUUUCAGCCUUCAUGAGGUCUGGCAGGAACCUUCUGUACAAUAAUCCGACGGGACGCAUCACUUGGGUUUCUCACAGCUUUUACAUCGCCCCUGGUGUGAACACCAGCAGCCAAGUGGCUUCUUUUAUGUGUUUCAUGUCAAAAAGCAGACUGAUUAUGGCUGUGCAGAUGUUACCACAGUUAUAGUCCCACUUAUCAUACGCUUUCCCUGCAAACAUUGUACUGUUGUUAUGGAAAUCAUAACCAGAGUGGAAUCUCCUCAGAAAGUCUUGAAGAUAUUACAGUAAAUGCUGAGGCUGAUUGGAUGUUUAAACCUUGCUUUUAUGGCCUUUCACUCUUUUUUAAGCCUUGAUUUCAGCUUAAACAUCCAGAUUUUUUGCUAUUUUUAACAUUUACAGCUUCACACCAUCAUUAAUGAGACAAGCUUGAUAAAAAAGAAGAAAGAAAGAAAGACUUUAGUGUACACACACACACACACACACACACACACACACACACACACACACACACACACACACACACACACACACACAUAUGAACGCACCCUCUCUCAGCCAUGUUUGUACAGCCCAGCAGUGGAUUUUGGGAGGUGUGAGGCCAGAACUGGCAGGGUCCUCUUACACAGCCAGAAGCUCUUAGCCAGCAGCUAAUAAAGACUUGCAUUGAUCCUGAUGGGUGGGGUGGGCUUCAGCGUGGGCCACAGUCAAAGGGGGCUGUGACUGUACGCUGGUGGUCUGGUUAAUAUGCAUGAAUGAGUGUGUGUGUGUGUGUGUGCGUGCGUGUGUGUGAAUGUGUAUGAGGUGCUUUGUGAGCUGUUUUCAACUGGCAGAGGCAGGAGAAUGAAACACCCAGCGGGUCCAGUGAAGUUUAAAGUGAGUGAUCAAUCAAACAGUCCAGUUAACAAUUAAUGGUCCACCACAGGAAUCGAAACCAUCCAGGGAAAUACUUCUAAACUCUAAGUGUGAGGGGGAAGUGGUCAACCAGUAAAAAGAUCAGAGUACAUAAAACUUACUUUAGGAUAAAAAAUGUGAUUUCACAAUACAAUAUAAUGAGGAAUAUACAACACUGUGAUAUAGGAUUGGGUACAGUUUGAUACAGAACAAUACGAUACGAUAAAAUGUUAUACAAUAUGACAUGAUAAAAGACGAUAAAUUAUUCUACAAUAUGAUACGUUGUGAUACAAUUUGAUUUUAUAUGAUACAAGACAAUGCAAGCCAGUAUGAUAUAUGAUAUGACAUUAUAUGAUACAUGAUAUGGUAUGAUAUGAUAUGAUAUAAUAUUAUAUGAUAUGAUAUAAUAUGAUGUGAUGUGAUAUAAUAUGAUGUGAUGUGAUAUAAUGUAAUAUGAUAUGAUAUGACAUAAUAGGAUAUAUGAUAAGAUAUGAUAUGAUAUAAGAUAGGAUAGGAUAGUAUACAAUAUGAUAUGAUAUGAUAAAUGAUAUAUGAUAAGGUGCACUGCAAUAAGAGGAGUACAACUUGACACUUUAUGCUACAGUCAGACACAAUAUGAUACUCUACAAUAUGAUUAGAUACAAUAGUAUCAGUAUCUGAUACAAUAUGACAAAACUCAGUUUGGUUUGAUACAACAGAGUGCAAUAAGAUUGGGUACAAAACUACAUUGUAUGCUACAGUUUGACACAACAUGCUACAGUACGAUAUGCUACAAAAUGAUACGCUACAACACAUCGCAGUCUGAUAUGAUACAAUUUGAUUCACUGUGAUGCAAUAUGAUAAGAUGCAAUGUAAUGCAACACAAUGUAAAAUAAGGUUUGAUUUGAUACAAAGGGAACAAAAGAAGCUUUAGCUCGUUCACAAAGAUGCUGGGGUUAAUGAAAACUGCCAGAGGAACAAUCAACAGUUAAAAAUGUUUAAUCGAGCAGUAUUUUCAAAAGAGGUGUAAGCUCUUUUAACUGGAAUAAAACAAGAAGGAGUAAGAGAUUUUGUAUCAUCUCUGUGUGGGAAACACUGGUGGUGCAUCCUCAUCAUUUGUAUCCACAUACUUCAUUUCAGCUACCGAUAUAAGUGACUUAAUGAUAAGAAAACAAAAGUCAGCACCUCUGCUGUUAAUAAAAGAAUAAUGGUUUUUUGUCAUUUAUCUCAAUAGUAUGAAUUGUCUCUCUGGUUCAUGCUACAUAAAGACUCCAAAGGGCAAAAAAACUGAAACAGCACUUGCACACUAUUGGAGAGACAGCAACAUAAUUGGCAUAUCCAGCGACUCACAUCCCAACCCACCUGCUCAUCCUCCGAUCGCUCCAUGUCUCAUCGUCUAGGUCCUCAAGCAACAUUUUUUUUUGUUUGUUUUCUGGCUCAUUUCCUGAUAGUGGCUUUGUCUUAAUACCAACAAUGCAUUUAGUCAGUCUUUUUCAUUGUAGACGUUUAAGAGGAGCUUGCAGCACUUUGACAUAAGUUUAAGCUUUUUAAAUCUAGCUGGUCCCUUGUGUGAUUUCCUGAGCAUUUCCCUUUAGUCUACAACAGUUGUCUUGUCAUAAAGUGAGGCCACGAAACUUUCAAAAUGGUACCUUUAAAGUUUGGAGUAAUGAGACGCUUUCUCUCGCUCAUUUUAGUACACAGGAAGGAUUGCUGCUCCAGCUCUGCAAUGUACAGUUAGUAGUAGUCACCGUUAGCCAACUGGCAUUAGUUGAUUAUAGACCGUACUAAGUUUCCUGGCUUAGUAUUUAGAUACUACUGGUUAUCAACACUUUGAAACUUUGAAACCAUAUUAAAACAAGUUUGAUUUUCUUGUAAAGUUUUAUAGUACUUGUGGGAUAUUUCAAGCGAAGAGCGACCCUAUGAAGCAGACACGAGAUAGGUUGUAUAAUAAGUAAAAGGCAAAACUACUAUAUCAGAUGUGGGAGAGUGAAUUUUGGCAUCAAACCUUUUGCGAACCACAAAAUUCGUCAGCAUGGCUCCAGCAGAAAUUACACAUCUGAUACAAUGGAUUUAAAAAUUGCUGCCUCUGCCUCAUUAUGAUUAUGGCUCCAAACAAUUGUUUUGUGGAAUUCUCGGCUCCUUGUCUAUUAUCUGCCUUUCUGGUUGUCUGUCCCGCUGCCUGUGCCAGAGAAGCCCAUUCAGAUGGAGCCCAGUCAGUCUGCAGUCCAGUAGCCUCCAGCACGGAGGCAUUUCAGCUCCUUCAGGGGGAUUUGACCAAGAUUUCCUGCCCCUUAUUAAAUUAUAAUCUCCCUUCUACCUCUCUUUCUUGCUCCCCUUCUCUCCAUUUCAGACAAAAAAAAAAAAAAACAGGCCUCCCCGUUUGUUUUCCUGCCAACUGAUGUGUGUGUUUGUGCGCUCGCGGUGUGUGCAUGUACGUGUGAAGCUGUUUGGGCCUCAAGCGGAAGGAGUGUGUACGAUGAUUGGCGAGGCACGCAUCUCAAGUGGGUCAACGGGGAGAUCAAGAGCUGAAGCUUUUACUUUCUGCUCCCUUUCAUUUUGCUCCACCGUGUCCCGUUUUUUUCUUUUUCCUGUCAUAAUGACUUCAUACCUCCUUUAAGGCUCCUUUCUCCUCUCCUUCUGUUGCUUCAAUUUCAUUUAUAGGGAGCUUCCCUCUUCUCUUUCCUCUCCUCUUUGUCCCUUGACACUAGUUUCCAUCUCAUCGCCAGUGGUAGCCUUUGACAAUGUGAUCUGUAUUAGCUUAGUUUUUUUUCAUGGAGUGUCAAACUGUGGAAUCCUUUGAUAGAAACAGACUACGAGAGGACUUUUCUGGGCUUUUCCCUCCUGGCAGUCAGCCCCAGCUACGUGCUGCUCGGGAUUUUUUCCAGUCCUGGCAAAAAAGAAUGGAACAAUUGAUGGUGUGCAAUUGUUCCGGGUUUAGUCGUCUUAUUUCAGCGCACCAGAGCAUUUCUCACCUUCAGGGCGCUGAAUCGUAAAUAGAUCCGUGCACAUAAUCUCCACAUGGGCUUUAUUCCUCGCCACAGCCAGCUUUGCCUUUGGAUGACCUGCCACCAUGAAUAUUUUGACACCCAGUCAGGAAAUAACGGGGCUCUGUUGCGAAAAAGUUCAACUAGUUAUGAGGAAAAAUUAUGAUUCAUUCGUGCGGUGGCUUGUUUUUGAGUUCUUUUCUUUGUCUCCUUUUUGUCAGCGUUCUGUGUUUUGCCUGGCCUGCGUGUCUUCUGCACAUUUCAGAUACCUCAUUCUGGCAGAUGCAAAGCCACCCACUCAGUGAAGGGAGGAAGGUAACAGUUACUUGGAGACAUGGCAUAGAAACACACAACACAACACAGAAAAAAAAAAGUUCAGUCCAGUGCAUUGAAGCCUAAAACAGCUUUGCAUCCAGUGUGUGAUUCUGCCCAGUACUAUCUCCUCUCGCUACUGAAGAAGCUACACCAGGCCUGUGAAGCUUUGGGUUUUUGCUAAUGUAAUAACGGGCUAACAAGAUAACACCAAUGUCAUUUGAUAACAACUUAUAUUUGUUGUGAGAAAACAGUAGUCCUCAGACUUAUGACUGUGUUGGUGACAAGAUGGUGUUUGACAGUAAUGGUUGCUCGAUGUUAUAGAUUACAUUUGUGGAAGUGAACAUUCAAACAUCCCUGGCUGAAUAGCAUCGGAAAACAUUUGGUUUUCUGUUAAAUUGAAAUUCCUCAUCCCCAAGUCCUUUCCUUUUGCAAAAGUUUAGCUUACUUUUGUCAAAGUGUGUUUCUAUACCACUCUGUAACAGAUGUGGAUCACUCGAUGUGCUGUCUUCCCAACCUUCUUGGAGGAUAUCAGGAUCAGGUAGGCAGAUCAUGCCCCCAUCUAGAAGGAAUUUGGACAGCCUCUGGUUCAUGAUUUCUUUAGUAUAUUCUUCCGGUGUAGCCUUUUGUUGAAAGUUUAUUAAACAUGCUGCACGACAACGGGCAACUAAGUCUAUUAUCACUGCAUUUGUCACUACAACAUCGCGUUCAAAUAAAUAAUGUUUUAGUUGAGUAAUCCUCAUAUUGCUAAAUUGAUCUUCUGUCUCCAUUGCAGCUGUUUUUCAGAGCUGCGAAGCAUGGUGCGGCGAUUGUGUUUGGACGCUUUCAGUCCCAGAAUGCUUUGGUGCAUACCCACAAUGCAUUGCCCGAUGUCCAAGAUGGCGGUAUUUGCAAAAUGGGUUAUGGAGGCUGUGGUCUAUAAUGCACUGGUUGUAGGAUAUAUUACUUGUAUGGGACAUUACUUGGUGCAUGUUCACACUCUCAGUGCUAGAGCCGGAGGGUAACCAGUGGUGACCUUGGCAACCUUUGAAAUCUGACAGGUCUGAUUGGCCACUGUGACAUUUUGUCAGAGGUCACACUUGUAUUGAAAUCAGUUAUUUGGGUUGUGUUUAACAAUAUUUCUAUAUGUGUGGUGUUCACAGCUGCUUUAUUGAGGCACUUGUUGCAUGUCAGUUUGCUCUUUUGUUUGAGCCAUAUACUGUUUUUUCAAAAGUUGUGUUUUAAGUGGUAAUACCUUUAACACCACAGGUUUUUUGUUGUGUUAACAUUUGUCUUUCCAUAACAAUGUGUCAUCUCCUCCAGAGUAUGUCCAAACAAUUACACAGCACUUUUGUUUGGUUUUAGUUUUCUUCUUUACAUGCUGCUUGAGCUGCUCUGUUGAAGUGGUUCUCGAAUUCUCAAGAAGCUCAACAAGAAUUCUCUUGUUGUUUCCAUGACAGGCUUGGCAAGACAGAGCAAUAUUUAAAAGGUGUAAUCGUACUGUUGUAAAUGUAGCAAGCAUCUAGCAACAAAGGUUUUUUUAACAGUGUUUUUGAUAUUGCCUCUUUUUAUAUUGAACUGCUUCAACAAUCAGUGAAGUAAAGACAUCUACCUCAGGUCUGGGCCAAGUCUUUACUCCCCCAGGGUUAGAAUCCGAGUCAAGUCUCAGUCACCAGAGAGGAAUCCAAGUUGAGUCCCCUAAAGAUUUUCACGGACUGCUACUUUACUCCAAUUACCUAGUGUUCUAAGUGUCCCAAGUAGAGACAGUAAGGUCCCCAUCACAGUGAUUGCUGGUUCAAUUCCCAGCCAUGACCCACCUGCUGUUACUCAGAAAAUUAAGUGAACACAUGUCUUACCAUUAGGUAUCAACUUGUCAACAGUAACAGUUCCCAUCUUAGUACCUCACAAACUUUCCUAGGGUGCUGAACAAAUGUCUACAAAAGGAUUAAGCUGGUCCUCACCUUCUUCUUAGUGGUGCUUUUUACGCCUAGAUGUUGAACUGCUCUUGCUUGCAUUUACUGUUGAAUCUUUGAAAGCAAAAUGCAUAAUUUGUGGCACUUCUACAGAGAUCUGUGUCGAAACUAUUGCUGAACAAGACCACACGUGAAUGCUAAUUCAGGUGCCAGCCCUCGCUUGAAACUCAAUAAAGUGUAAGAGCCUUGUAGUGAAAACUGACAGAAACAGUAAAGCUGUCCUUAUUAAUAAAAAAAGCUCAGGUACUCCCUUAAGCUUUUAAAUCCUCGUGCAGUCAGUCCUCAAGUCCAAGUCUUGGUCAGAGUCAUCGUUGCUCGAGUUCUAAGAGUUUCCUCCAUUUCAAGGACAUUUUGCUUUGAUAGAGCUCAUCAUAACUUACUGAUAAAUCUACAUGCUUCAGUUGUCAUCACAGCCAUAAAAUCUAUUCCCAACAUCCAGAAAUAUGACGGUUUCAUAAACUUGUGUUUGAAGUCUAUCCUUUUAAACAUGUCAAACAUUGGCAUUCAACACUAUUGUAAACCACAUUAGCGCUUUCCGUUGCCUUUACUGACGCUGCCAGCCUUAUUUCUGAUAUAUCUUUGCUUUUCUUUCUGUCCGUUUGCUGUUGUGUUAACUAAGAAUAAUAGAGACUGAAAUAGAGGUCUAUGUUAGUACAAGAGGACUAACAGGAAAGAAAGAAAAAAAACUUGCCUUGCUUGAUCAGGCCUUGGCAGCACACAAUAAAAGUAUUCACACCAGAAAUGAGCACUGCAGAGAGCAGGAGGCUUAAAAAGGAAAAAAGAGAAAGAGCUGAGGUUGGCAGUCUUAACCUUGAGUCAGGAUCAGAGUGAUAGCUCUAAUUCACAGGAAAUGUUAUUGCUGGGUGUCAAGGUUUCCCCUCUGAGGUGAAGUCAUGUACACAGCACUCUGUAGAAUACACCUCCCUUUAUGGUUCUGAAUCGAAAUCCAUAAGUUUCUACUUUGAUAUUAAUAUCUCAUUUUUCACAUGAUCAGGAAACAGUAAAAAAGCCGAUGGUGCCAGUUUCUGCGAACGCUGACGUGACCUGUCGGUGAAUUUAUCACAAUAAAAGCAGCAGAUUUCUCUCCUUUUUUUACAUAGGAAAGACGGAAUCAGAUUGCGGAUUAUUAUUUUUUCCUCUCUAUUACCUAAUCAGCUGCUCAUAUUGAGUUGAGGUACAGCGGCGGGUCAGCAGGAAAGGUAUAGCUGUGUCUGUCUGCCCACAGACUCUCGCUUUCUCAUCUCCUCUUUUCCUCUGACUUGCUUUUCUGGCAAGUCAGGGGUUAGUCUGGCUGUUUUGCAGACUUUCAAUCAGAGACCCUCGACUAGACUUUAAAUGCGCCACAGAAAGAUGAGGUGAUAGAGCAUGAAUUGGUAAUAUAUUGUAAUUAGUGCUUUUUUCCCCGGUUUGAAACUGUUUCUGCCGGAGGGGGAGCAGAAAGCAGGGGUCUGUUUUAAGACUCACAUGCAAGUGUACAUGUGUGAGGUCCUCCAGGUUAAUCAUUCUGCAUUUAAUUAGCCGCACUUGACUGUUUUUACAUGCACACGAGCACGCACUCCUGCAUGCACUACACCCCUACAAUCCCCUAUUUCUAGUUUUAUGAUUAGCAUGUCUGCUUCUGCACUCAGAUAAGUGCCCUGGGGUUUUGUAACUUGUUCCUCUGAAUGAAGUCAUCAAGAAAUGAACCCCCUCGUCUGACUUUUUCACAUGCUUUGCUUUCCCUCUCCUUGUUUUCUUCACUACCUGUCUUGACCCCCCCAUUUUUUGCACGACCUACACCCCCGGCUUCCUCUCCUCUUAAAGCACUCAAUCAGCAUAAACUCUAACCUCUCUAACCUUCACGUGGUCUUUUCCUCCCUCUGCUCUAACCUUCAGGGAAGUUAGGAAAACACAGCCCUCCUCCACAGGUACCGUUUCCUGAAUUGAUGAGGCUGCUCUCGUGUGCGUCUUCUCCUCCUCUCCCCUGUUUUAUGAGUUUUUCUUCUCCCUCCUGAGGAGAAAGUGAGGCCUUGUUCAAACCUGUCUUCAGUUCACCCUUGGUGCGUUUGACUAUCAUCUUUUUUUAACUGUUAUUUUUCCUUAUAAACUUCAAGACUGAUGCAUUUGGAAUCUAAGGUUGCAUUCACAGCAGACAAUAAACAUGAGGAAUAACAGCUUGAAAGAUUCACAGGAAAAAUAUUGGACAGUCUGUGCAUGCACCUGUGUAAAGUCAAAGAGUGUAUUGUGUCAUAUGCAGCGCAGAUAUACAUUUAUCAUCAUUAUCACCACCCAGAGAAGUAAAGAUUGAUGGUAUCUGCGUGCAGUGGCUUCCAGACGGCCCACUGGGAUGCAGGAGAGUCCUAAGUUAACGGCCUUGCUAGAUGUAGAUCUUACAGAGAGUGGAUGGACACCCUAACAACUCUUUAUCGUGUCAGAUAUGCAAUCUAAGUGAACACAGGCCUUCUUACUUUGGCUGUCCAUGAAACUUUCCAACCAAGCUUCUGAGAUUUUGGAUGAACUGAUAUGAUCAGUCCUGCAGUUGACAAUUCAUUGAAUUCUGAGGGCAAAUUCAUUGGCACCUGAUUCGAAAACUGUUUCAUAGUUCAAAUACCUGAAAAGAAUAUGUUACGGUGGCCAAUAAGGCUAACCAAUAUGCAACAGCACCUAAAUGUCAGGAGGACUGUGCUGCAAAUGUAGAAAUAAUGCAAAAUCAGUUGCAAAAGUCCAAAUGCAACAAUGGGAAAGGGGCUGCAUCAAGCUCAAACUGCUGCAUAAACAAUGGAAAACAGUUCAUUGGUGACCUGAAGCAUCCUUUUCUCUAGUUAACUUUCAUUUAAACUCAACAAAAAUACAAUCUAUUGCUAAAAUGUGGAAGCGGCACAGUUAAGCAACAGUCAGCACCACCAAUGGUGAUGGAUGGCUCUUCUCACUUUGCUGCAGGACAGAAAGAUUCAGAAUAUCUUUAGUACCCACAGCCAUCAGACUGUUCUAUUCUUCUGUAAAAGUGGAUAACUUGAGACAUGAGAUUACAGACAAUUGAAUUUCUCUUCGGGGAUCAAUGAAGUUCUUCUUAUCUUAUCUUAGCUUAUCCUAAAUGUUGAAGUUCAGUUGCUACGGAACCGAAUUAGCAUCGUAGCUAGUGCACACCCUGGAUUUAAAGCCUAUUGCAAGACAAAGUCUGCUAAUUGUACUGCUAGCUGUGCCACCACCUGAGAGUUGUAGCUAAACCAAGUGUGAGGAGAAGAGCUACCUUAAACACAGUUAGUUGUCCAAGAGAAACCAUGUCUGAUAAGAGAUGUUUGGAUUUUGUACAGUUUACAAAGUCUUGUUUCUGCAUGGUGGCCAGUGGGGCUCUUCCCUCACAGACACCUGCUCUGGCAGUAAAUGUGUGGUAUGUUGUCUGUAUACAAUCAUGUCUUUUUUGUAACUGUUUUAAAAUGUUUUACUGGGCACCUCUGGAGGCCUGGACCUCCUCUGUUUUCAUGUCUCAACUUGCAGCUUUUGUCUUUGGUAUGUGUUUUCUUUGUUUGUGCAUAUUUGGAAUUGAAGUGUGUUUGCUAUUAAUGCAGCUGUUUUGCCUUUUUGUAGCCUAUUAUUUGUCAUCUGUUGCACAUUUGGAACAUUUCAUUUGUCUUGGACUUUUGGAUUUGUUAAUGAAUGUGCGUCACUAUUGAUUUUGUAGCAUGUCAUGGAGAUACAUUUUUGGGCCUUUGUGGACCAGUCAGCCUUGUCAGGGUUGUUGCACUCUGGUUUGCCUUGUUAGCCACCAUAAUUUGAAGUUGCUGGGGUGCUGGGUUAAGCUUCAUCAGUGGAAGAGAUGUCCCAAAUACAGACUCUGUUGACUUUGGCACAUCAGCUGCAGAUUUGAUCCUUGUCACCAACCUUUUGACUUAUCUACCCCACAUUUCCUCUGUUAGCCUGUCCAAGAAAGACAAAAAAUCCCCCAUUUAUAAAACAUCUGUUUUAGAUAUUGAAAUAAAGAAAUAAUCAAGUUGUUGAGAGAAAAGCCUCUAAACUGUGAGGCUUGAUACUACUACUAAAUAGGAAACCACUCCGAAUGUCUUCAGGUUUGAUUGCAGAUCAAUCACUGUGGGUUUUAGGAGCUAGAAAUUGGUGGUGCACAUAACUAUAACCUUUUAGCAUUUAAUAAACCAGUGAAAUAAUAGAUCAAUGGAUAAUAAGCUCAUACUGGUUCAUGAAAAUAGUCCUGCAGUGUAAGACCGAAAGUAAGCACAGCUGAUCUAAAGUGUGGCUCGGUCACUAUGGUCCGAGUCAAGUAAAGGAUUUACACCAGACAGAUUAAAUAUAUAAAAAUCAGUGGGAUAUAUGUAGCCACAUGCUUGUGCUAAAGUUGUUUGGGAUCCAUCCUACCAUGUACAAGCAACCCUAAUAGCAAGUCCAGCUUUUUUGUGAUCGAGAUCAUUUGGCUAUGGAAGAGACUGCUCUAUAAAGGGUCAUUCACAUAAGCAUUUAUCACAUAAGCAGAGUUUUAGGACUAAAACUUCUUCAUUUCAGGGUAGAAAUCUGCUAAAUAUAAACCAGAAUUUAAAGCUCCUGUGAGGAACCUUCAACUUGAGUUGACUCUCGCGCCCCCAGUGGACAAAGCAGUCUUUGCUUUUACUGUCCUUAUCACGCUUAUGUGGUGUCUUCUCACUGAAAAUCUCAAACUGUUGACUUUUGACAGCCAAUUUAUCAUCCAUCAUGAAUAUUUUAAAUGUCAAAUGUAAAGACAGGACUGUUCCUGGCUGCUCGGUCGACACCUACCCCCUCACACUGGUUUAAGGCAUUCAAAACCACAAUGCAAAAAUGGUCAGAUGUGUCACUGAUGGUCUUGUUUGCUUUAGUAUUUUGUAAAAAUGCAGCAAUAAAUAUUUCAGGUUAUGUCAUAAAUGUUUAAAAAAAAAAUCCCGACAGGAGCUUUAAAGAAAGUAAAAGUUUUUAACAAGUAACGCGAACAUUUUGUAAUGAAUGGAUUAAAGGACAUGUUCCCAGCUCGGUGUAAGACUAGCAAAAGGUUUAGCCCAACCGGACUGAGUGGAGUAGUCAGAGAUCUUUUGGAAACCACUUCAUGUUGAAUAAAAGACAUGAUCUGUUGUGUAUCUUUCUAGUGACAUAACAUUGUGCAGUUUAUUUAUGUGUGAGUUGUAUGUGCUCACAAACCUGUAAGUACGAGGCAUGUUUUAGUAGAAAUCUAAACAGUAAUACAUCACGCUUUGACAUUGAAAAUAAUCAUUUAUAGUUGUCUUGUAAUGACUGCCCAGUAAUUAACUAAUGAUUGAAUGGAAACACUUAUGAGUGAUCAGAGGAGCUUUUAUUGUGGCGGUGCACCAGGGACUUUUCCUGAGAGGCCACCAAACAAAAGCUUCACUUUCCAACUGGUGGUGACUGUAAUAACAGAUGUCUCAUCGUAUAUGCGUAAGCUAUGUGGCCACUCUGACAAACACACGUGUUGGACACAUUACAUGAACAGCCAUACUGUUUGCUGCUGCUUAUUUAUACAGUGUUGAGUAAUAUGGUGUGCGUACAAAGCCACCGAAAACAGUGACCACUACUCAAAUGUUACGCAGUGAGUGAGCUGACACCGGAAAGGCGUAAUGGGCCAAGUGCCACUCAGGCUGAAGGAGGGAUUACCUCAUUCAACAGAAGGAGAUUCUCUAAAUAAAACCCAACACGCUCAAUUUCCUCCGUCCUCCACAUACACAAACACAAGCCGUCACACUCAGUAAGAGCUGUGGUACUCUGACUGCCAGCAUGUUGUGUAACUUCUUGCUCACCUUCUCCCACCUUUUUCUGCCCCUCAAUCUCAUGUGAAGGCGUCCUCAGAGGUCAAUGCGCUCUGUGUUGUCUGGAGGUGUGAUACCUUGGAAAUGUGUUGGCAUGUUUGUGUAAGUUUCCUUAAAGUUUACAGGUGCAUGUCUUUUUUUUAUUGCUGCAAAUCUGCAAAAUCUGUUCAUACUUAUAUGUCUAGACUACAGAUUUAAUAGAAAACCGCAGAUGUAUAAAUUGAGCGUAUUCGAAAUGUUCUUUUUCUUCCCCUCUAGAGAUGGAAAUGCAUUUUGGCUGUAAAAAGAAAGCUUCCAUAAUUUCCUUUAUUAAAGGAUGAUGGUUGCGGUUAAAUAACAACUGGCCACCCACGUGAGCUGAUGAUAAAAGUCAGGAAUGGUUGGCUCGUGGUUGUGGCUCAGGUUAGUGCGAAGAGGACGAAGCAGCGAAAAUUUGUGGUUGAGUUUGAAGAGAUGGGUUUGUGGUUGUAACCGAGCUAUCUAACCGUCAUGCACCUCGGUUGUUGUCGAACCAUUUUGGUGUUUUUUUACAAGCUGGCAUUAUGCGGUAUAUGAUGUUCAGGUGGUGACUCCUCCACUUACAGAGAGGCUCAAACUUCUGCCACAAAAACAACCGCUCUCUCUUUCCCUCUAUGUUACUGAAUCCUCACCCUCAGAGUACCUUAAAUCGGUCUGUGGCACAUGGUUUAGGAAAUGCCUGGCAGUCUGGAUUCACACGUACCACUUAAGGGAAGUGGAGGCAGAGCACCUUCAACCUCACCUCCCCAGCGCUGUUGAUUUCAUUAGCCAGUAAACGGAGCAGUUAGGGAAAUGAGAGCUUGGCGUGCAUGCAGCCGUGGUGUCUGCGUCUCUUCUGCCCGUCUGAGGAGGCCACUUGAGAUGAUGCUGAGUUUGAAUUUCGAGGCUGUUGAGUCUGCCAUGGCUGGAGAAAGCUUUCCCCGAUUAGCGUGUCAGUUCUGUUAAGAUGGCAUCCAGCACAUGUUUCAGAACGACUGCGAGCUUCAGGUUGUGUUUUGGUCUGUGACUCAGAUUUCCAGCUGGUCUGGAGAAAGAUCAGUAAAAUGUGCUGUGUGCGGGAAGGUGGCAUGUCUGUCCAAGUUCAUCAGGUGCACUCGCCAACAUGUGUCUCUGUGUUUCAUUUAGACAUGGCUGGAUUUCUGAACAGGGCGUAGAAAGCUCAGACCAGAGGCUUCAAGAACAUUUCUAUUUUGAAAUUCUCACAGAUGUCUUAAUUUUAUUUUCCUUACCUUUUACUGCUGUGUUUCUGAAAACCAAGUACAAUCCAGUUUUAGUUUUUGACUGUUUCAAAGCUCCUGGGAGGUACUUUUGGAAACCCCUGUGAACAAAGGGUACAUCUUAUGUCUUUGCAGUUUUGUGAUGUACAGUGUGAGAUGUAUAUAUUUUCUAAACACUAAAAAUGAAUUACCUUUGCUUUGGAAAUGUAAAAAGAAAAGUGUGUGUCAGCGGCAUGCUUUUAAUCACAUUUCCUGACACUUAGUCCAUGGCAGCAGUUUCAGGCAAUAAAAAUAAUAGCAUGGAUUAGUCUCUCUUCUGAUAGCUUGGCUUGCUUUUGUAGCUCAUAAAGUGUAAUCAAUAUAAAAUUACUCUGUCAUUACAAACCAAAUACAGGAGCUUGGAUAUAUUCUGUAUCUUAAAAUAAGGUAACAGCUGUAAAACUGAUGAAAUCAACUAGACAGGGGAACAGCUCUACUUAAAGGCGCUGUAAGGAGAUUUCACCGAUUUAAGAAGGAUGCAAAAUCAGAGGCAAGGAACCAGAAAAAGGAAACCAACUCUGUUUAUGUGUGUAUUGGUAAAAGAAUAUUAAUGAUCAUUUUAACCUUCAGAGCUGUGGUACUCUUCAUCUGCAGCCCCAAGGCUUUCUACCACAGCUUUUGUAGUUUGCAAAGAAACUGUACAAAAAAGUACAGCAGCAUCAUCAGCGAAAUGUUUUACUCACUGUGAGAAAAAAGUCAUGUGACCUGACACCAAACCCUUCACAGUGAUUUCCAUCUGUAAAAAUCACAACAGAGAAACUAUCAGACCUGUUCCUGAUGGUCUCAAUGGCUACUGGAGGUCAUAAAGAAGCACUGGUGUCAUUUUAAGUCUGUUUCUCAAAGAUACACAAUCAUUACUUCCUCUGCUGGAGCCAUGCUUGUUGUCAGAGACUCUUCUUCUUUGGUGCAACUUUUGACUCUGAGUGGGACAGCAGCAAACCUCCAGUGCAGUGGCUCUCAACUUUUUUUAAGUCAUGACCCCCAAGAGUAAUAUUACAGGUGUUUACGGUGUAGCUGUGACACUGCCUGUUUGUGAGUACCAUAACAGCUCAAGCCUUAGUCGUCCCCUGCAGCUGUCAUACAGCUCAGACACUGUCAGUCUGAAACAAAUUAUGUCACUGGUACAGCAGGUAAAGUAAUUCAAUAUCCAUUACCUAGUCAAAAAUCUGCUAUUUUACUUCUAAUACGUCCACAACCAUCUGGCAACCUCCGAGAAUUAUCCUGCAGAUCCAAUUGGGGUCAUGACCCCAAGUUAGACUAUCACUGGGCCAGUAGGUGUAUUGUCUAAUGUUGGACAUGUUGUUGUGUGCAGAGGUUCAUACACAGGUUUAGUGUUGGGUGAGUUAUUAGAAAUAUGAAAAUAGUUACAAUUACUAGUCACCAACACCAAAAACUAACUGAAUCACUGAGUUACAGUGUAAUCAAAGUAUUACUGAGGUAGUUCUUGUCUUUGAUUGCUCAACACUCUUACUAACGCGUCCUGCCUGUGGUCUCUGUGGUGUUUUACUGAUUAGAUGUUUGAAAGCAGCUGACUCAACAGCCGGGAAGCAGUUGGCAGUAUGUAGCUUCUCUUUAACAACAUACCUUGCAGUAAGUCCUUCAGUCCUUCCCGUUGUACGGAUUGUCGAGCCGAAUGCGAAUUGAAAUCAGGUUUUGGUUAUUCUGAUGGAAUGGUCUGCAGAUAAACAUGAGCUGCACCUGGGUCACAGGUGUUCGCAGCCCCGGGCAACUAGUUUAGCAUAAUGGUAGGUGCAUCAUGAGGUUAGAAUUUUUAGUCUUGGCGGUGGGAAGUGUUUUCGUUUCUGUGUGUAGACUGCAACUCACCACUUUUUACCUCAACCAGGAAAAUUCUGUCUUUAAUCACUGAUAUAAAUGAGUUAAAACUCCUAUGAGGAACUUCUGGUUUUUGUUAGUUUAGGCACCUCCUGUUGACAAAGGAGUCUGGUUAACUUGUCCUUUACAUACUUAAGUAGCAUCUUCUGACAAAAAAAUCAAAUUCAGCUGCAAGUUUUGGAAGUCAAAUGAGUCAUUUAUUUGCAUAGUUCAUGUUGAUAUUGUAAAACAGGACUGUUUUCUAGGCUGCUACAUUAACACCAAACCCCUCAGAAAACAGAAAUGUAAUUCUUGUGACUGAUGGUCUUGUUUGCUUAUGUUCACCAUAAAAAUGCAUCAAUCUGAAUUUCAGUCCAAAAUUUCCUUACAGGAGCUUGAAGCAGCAAAUUGGCACCUAAAAAGAUCUGAAUGGACUACAAAGAGACGAAAACUUGACUUAUGAGUAAACAAAUAAGGUAGCACAAAACAGAGACAAAACAAAAAAGUUAGCAAAAAUACCCAAAAGAAAAAACAAAACAACGUAAAAGCUAGCCACAAUGUGUUCAAAGAAGUGCAAAUUAAGCAACAAGACACAAAAAACAACAACAGUUAUACAAAAAGACUGACUUUAAACAUAGACAAAACAGAGAUAUAACUACUGAGAGACACUUGCUGACAACAAAGACAAACAAAGCAACAAUUAAAUCUCUUUAAAGAAACAAGAAAAGUCUGUAGAGCCACAACAACUACAAAGAGACACAAAGACUACAAAGAUAACAAAGAACAGAACAGAACAACACAAAUCAAAUACAAAGAGACAAACCUCCUGUAGAAAGACUCAGAAAUACUACACUGAGAUUAUCUUCCAGUCUGGAUGUUUUCCUCCUGAGUUUAAAGGAAGGGGGGUGGGGGGGUUCCUUUCACUGCUGUGCCUAGAGGCCCAUUUCCUCAUCAUCUGUACAUGGAUGUUGUCAUCAGACAUGACAUUCAGUUAUUUGACAGCUGUCUGUAAGUAGGAACAGCUAACUAAUCACCUUAAAUAAUGAUGGCGGUGCCUUUUUCUAACUCAGGGUCAGCCCGUCCCCUAUUUCUUCAUCAAUGUCCUGUUUUUGUUCUUCUGUUUUGUUCUUUCUGUAUAUUUGGAUCUAAUACUCUAACGUGUGUAGUUAAUUUUUCUCUUUUUUUUCCCCUAGCUAAAUCUGUUUUAUAUAAAAUGUCACUCAGGCUGCCAGGCGAGGCUCCUUCGCUGUAACUUUGGAAGCCGCUCAUGUUUAAAGACUGAGGGAGGCUUUGAUUCACUGUUCAGCAGUUCUUCUGUGAUGGCUUAUUUUAUAUGGAGUUAUUUUAUGUGAAAAUGGGGGCGAGUUCAGGAGUAAUAGUAUUUUCAAUUCUCCCUGUGUAACCACUUAUCAGAUGUAUUUUGUGUUCUCAUGCAUGCGGAAAGUACGUGCUUUGUUACGUGGGUGUUCUUGUGUUUGAGAGCGUGCACUAAUCUCGGUCCAGCAGUGGCUCGUGGUGGCCAGCCAGAGAGGAUUGCGUGAGAUUUUUUAACAACGUCUGCUGAGCUUUUCAACAAAAACACUUGAUAAACAGAUUGUUGAGGUCUCUAAACCACGGUCUGUGUCUGAUCCCUGUUCAUGCACAGUCUCAGAGUCUGAGUAAGAGUGUGUCGCUCUGGUUCUUCAGAGAGUUUGAUGCCUGCAGAAUGGUGGGCAUCCAAAGCUGCCUGCUAAAUUACAUCUACACCAAAACCACAGACCUCCAUACCAGACGAGCUUCCCUUCCAGCCAGCCAGCAAGUCGGCCAACGACCAAACACUGCUCUACCAGUACUGCUUUCUCUUUCUCUUGUUUAUUUCUUCUUAACAUCUUUGUCUUUGCCUCCUUCAUAUUUCAUCUACAAAGAUUUGGUGUGAAACUCAGAGGUAAUCUUUCUUUCUUUCCUGGCAAAGACACAGCGUUUUGAACAAGCACUAACAGAUGCUGCAGACGUACACACAAUAAAUGAGUAAUUACUAAAAAAGUAGCUUAACAGAAACCUGGUUAAACAUUGGUAAGUGGCUGUAAAGCAAGAAUUUGACUGCCUUGCUAUGUGGUUGUUUAGCAAUCACAGACCAGAGUGAGGGAAAGUUGUAAAACAGACCUGGUGUCUGCUCGCACAGAGGCAAGAAAAACACACAUUUCUACGCACCCUCAUGCUGGAGUCAGCUGUGAACUUGAAUAUUGCUUUCAUUCUCUGUUCCCAAUUAACUGUCCUGUUUAAUUUGGCACUAUAUUCAAAUUAGAAAAUGUGAGAUGAUUUUCUAAUUAGGAAAUGUCAGCUCUUGUUUGUGCAACUGCAGUGUCUUAUUGUAAACUUUCAACAUGCGGGUGCGAUCGUUUCUGCUGCCCAAUAUGCCUAUCAUACACACAGUGGAUUACUGAGAAUGAUGCAUAUACAGAAGAGGGAUGCACAUACUUAAUUUAUAGGAUCGGCUCUGCAAAAACUCACAGGUAAAGCCAGGACUUUGCAGGAUGUUAUGCAGUACAAAGAUCCAGAGACUUUGCAUUACAUUAUUCACUUUUUUUCUGUAGCUUCUUAUACAUGAGUACAACAAUUAAACGGGAGCAGCUAAACUGCAAUUCGAAGUUUGCAUCACACCUUUUUACAGUGCAAGUGACAGCCAUCAAUCCAAAGGCAGCAGAUGAGAAGACCUCAGGGGAGAGCUGGAGUGAAAUUCAUGCCUGUUUUCACACAUCAUUUCAGCAGUAAAAGCCAGCACUUGACACCUACAGUAGAUGCUUAUAAUACUAAAGCACACUCACAUGUACCUCUGGUGGUUUUCUGUUCGUACCUGACCACAGUUGUGAAAAUAUUUGGUGGAGUCUGAUGCGGUCAUUUCUUCCAGGAGUAAAUUAAAGUCAACAGAUCGGCCUGUCACGCCUCCUGAGGGCCAUCAAAGCGGCUGAGAGUUGGGGGAAAACAUGCAAUAUGCUUACAGGUCAACGCUGUUUGCAUCUCAUGUUUGAAUGUAUAAAAAUGUAUGGGUCCCUUAUUGUGUAACCUCUCGAAAGUCGGGGGAAAGUGUCUGCAAAGCUGCAUAUAAAUCUGAGGUAUGCUUCAGAAGAUGCCAGCCAACUUUUAGCCCGUUUAUAGCCGAGUAACUGAGCCAUAAUAUCUUCUGCUCUCCAUAUUUCUUAGCAAGAAACAUGUUUCCUUAGAUUUCAUGGAUUUAUUUUCGGCUAAAUGCUUGCCACGGGCUUGGAAAAGACAUAGUAUGCUUGUAAAUGAGGCAGAGACUUUAUAAAUACAAACCUUUUUACAGCAGAUGACAUUUAACAUCAGUGCUCGACUUCAUAAUCCCUGGACUAGAUUUAUUCACCAGUUUUGCUCAAUAAAUUCGCGUUUUUAAAGGGUAGUCUGUCAGAAGAAUGUAUGUUUUAUAAUGAGUGUAGUGUAUAAGAGAAAUGCAUGAGGCCUCUGUCUUGUGUUGUGUGUUAAACCAAGUGUGAACGUUCACUUAUGGCUUUAACACGGUAUGUAGUCUGGUCACAACAGAGAUUUUAACAAGAAAUUAAAAGUUUCAGUUGGAGUCAUAUUCAGAAAACAUCCUCAGACAUUUCUAUGAUAGUUUUUAAAAGAAAUAUCUGUCUCUUGGUUGUAAAAGUUUCAGUGUAAUGAAAAAAUACCGGCUUGUGUUUGGUCAUCUUGGCUCAAAACAUCUCUGUAACUUAUGCUCAGAUAGAGUUGAAUGCCACAAGGUUGUAAACAUGUUUAUUUAUGCUGUAAAGAUGCAUUUUUUAAGGUUGGAUAUGUAUGUGGUGUCCAGUGCCUCUGCAGCCAGUCUCAAAUGAUAACCAGUGAACUGUAAUUUUUAGCACUUGCGCAUUUCUCAAGCCCAGAGGUUCAUACUUGAUAGUAAUGUGGUGAGCUUUAUGUGGUUCUUGACAUUUAAUUUCAGAGAUUUCCUUGCACAUAAUUCUUGGAUGAAUAACACUUUAAAGAAGACAACUGAGCUGAUUUCAAACUUAUCACAAACCUACCAAUCUCACAGACAGGAUUCAGCAAUGGUUCACUGUAAUGCACCUCUUAGUCUGCAGAGGCCCCAGCAGAGGGCGCUCAUGUUAAGCAAUAAACAUCAGUCCAACUAGGCACCAUUAAAAGAGUAGAUUAGACAGUGCUGACACAAUUAAAGUCAUGAAUUACCAGUAACAUAUGAUGGCAAGUGGAGUUCUUAACGCUCCCACUGCAGCUCAUCCUGGUUAUUGAUUUGGUUUAGGAAGCUAAAACUGAUGACAUUAGAGGAAUAAACACAACUCACUCAGUCAUUUCAGCAUAUUAAGUGUUUAAUCUCAAGUGUUAUCUCUCUUCUUCUCUAUCCUGCAGUUCUUUGUGUGACAUCUGUAGCUGGGGAUGCUGGUGACCAUGCUGUUAGCUCCUCUGUGUGUGCUGCUGAUGCUGGGGGCGCGUGCUCUUGCUGGAGGCUACCCCCCUAUUCCUCACAUGAAGUACAUGCAGCCUAUGAUGAAAGGGCCGAUCGGACCCCCGUUCAGAGAGGGCAAGGGACAUUACGUAGGUGAGUAAUCCUUAUGAUUGUGUUGUAAGUUUUUCUCUUUAACUUUGAUGUCUCAGUCUGCAUCAAAUGCGUAGUUCCCUUACUUCCAACAUCCACCUGGGUCCAUAAAAGCAAUGCUUCAGUCAUUUGAAACAGAUUCAAGUCCAUGAGAAAAUCCCUUUGCCUUUAAUAUUUCAGUGCACUUCCUUCACAGUAUCUUGUUGGCAGUAGUUUAGAGUAUUUGAAGUCUUUCCAGCUCGCUGAACCCAAGUUAUGAUGAUGUGGAUCAUAAUCACAACCUCAAAACAUUACAGUAAAGAACAAAGAAAUUCACAUUAAAACAACUCGCCAUGAACAAAAAAAAUACCCAACAUUUCAGUUUAUGAUGUGAUUGAUAUGGAGACCCUUCCAGGAAUCAGCCCCUGGCUCUCUUCAGGCAGUUUUUAAAGCUCAUUGAAGUGUGUGUCUCCCUGCCCUGUGGGUCCAGCAGCAUUUGGCAAGUACCCAGUUGGGGCCUAAUGGAGGCCUGAUUACCCACUUUUUGCAGAGAUCCAAUGGGCCAGUUGUUUCUCCUGCCAUCUGGAUGCUGUUACCCUGCUGUUUAUCACAUAUUCCUCAGCUGUGAGAUGAAGGAGAGAGUGUGAAAGAAAUAAAAAUAGGCAAAAAAGGGGGGCAGAGGCAAGGAAACUAGGAAAAGAAGGGCUGAAAUGCUUCUGAAAAUGUGCAUGCUUUCAUCAUUAUCAUAUUUGACUAAAAUGAUGAAAACACACCCUGGAGGUCCCUGCUUCAAAUCAAGUUUCAAAGAAAAUGAGGGGCACAUUUUCAUUUCAGGACCAUGACGUGAUAGUUGACCCAAGAAACACCUCAAGUAUUGCACUCAGAUCACACCAGAUAUCAGGAUUGUUCGUGUUGAUGCCUCAUAAGAACAACAUGCAGUUUCUUCUUAAGAAGUUAUGCCCUAUAAAAAAGAUUUGAGAAUGUAAUAUCUAGAUUUAGGUUGGGGCGGUACUGCGUUUGGCUCAUAGUAAUACAAUGGUUCUACUACCACCUAGUGGUCAAAUUUAGGCAUUACAAAAUAAAAACGUUUGAGUUGCUGAGUCAUCAUAAUUAUAUCUGUAAUUCUUACAAAAUCUCAGAUUUUUCUCACAAAAUGUCAGAUUGGGUAACUCCAAGCAACUAUGCAAAAAUAUAUUAAAAUGUCAAGUACAAAGCAUUUACGAUUUCUUAGCAUAUUAAUAUAUUGUGUGAAUUAGAUGUAGGUAAGAACUUUAGAAACAAACAUCCACAUAAAACUGAUGUACAAACAUGUGUAACUGCAGUGGAAACUUACAACAAUGAUCUUCUUUGCCACUUCUGUAUGAUGAUGUCUCAGACUCAUGCUUUACAUAACAAAUUGAACAGUUUUACCAAAUAUAAAAACACUUCUUUAUCUUAAAUAGAGGAAAGUACUUUAAGCUCCUAUUAAUACCUUCAUAUGUUGUAAAAAGGCAAACAAGACCAUCAAUGACAAGACUGAUAUUUUUUAUGUUGUUUUUUUUAGUACAUUGACCGGAUGUGAGGGGGUGGGUUUUAGUGGAGCAGUUUAAGAAACAGCCCUGAUUUUACCCUUUGCACAUAAAAUAUUUUUGAAAAGCAAACAUAUGACCCUCAAAAGUCAGCAGAAUUUUUAUUUUUUAUUUUUUAUUUUGUCAGAGGACACAACUUAAGCAUGUGAGGGACAAGCUGGGCAAAGACUGCUUUGUCCACAGGGGGUGCCAAAAUUUACACAAUCAAAAGUAUCAAAGAUGAGCUUUAAACUUGCCUUACAAGGUUUAAAACUAUGAUCAGAAAAUCUGGUGCACCUCAUCCUGCUCAAAUCAAAAACUUAAUUACUGCAAAUGUGUAACAUAUCAUAACUGCCCCAAUCCAGCACCAGUUCAUAACAGCAAGAUCAAUUAAAGGUAUUCUGACUGGUAAGGCAAACACAGAGGGAUAUUUGAAAAAAUAAAAAGUGAAUUUCAAAUCAAUGUACAGAUGUGGUGUUACAAAGCUUUUCGAUUGAUAUCACAGUUUUUCCUUCACCCAAGAGAUCAUAAGCUGUUGGUUCUGUAUGAGUCUGGGCCAGACAGAACUCAGUAUCUUUUGGCUCUCUUCCAGCUUGCCAUGAUACCACAGCAGGUUUGUUCCUAAAAAAGCUCAUAUCAAUCAGUUUCUCCACCUUGUUUUUUGAAUGUAUUUGAAAGCACAACUUUGGUCUUGUAAUCCCCUGGGGCCUUUGCAAGUAAUGAAGAAGCCAUUAAAUCCUCUGAAGUAUGAAGCACCUCAUUACUUUCCUCUGGGUGAUAUAUUAAGGUGGUCUGCUGUGGAGCUGUGGACCACAGCUAAACAAACAAAAUGGAAGCUAGAAAGCUCAUUACCUGCCUGAACACUGUGUUUUUUGUGAAUGUGUGAAAAUUAAGAAGCAGGUUUGAUAUUUUUAGACUCACUAAUUCUGCAAAAAAUGUGGCUUAGACUAGGAGUGGGACCUUUGUUGAGUCAGACAAACCUCAAGCCUAGAUAAACAUGUUGAAUUUUCUAUAAAAUGGCAUUAAGUGAGCUGGUCCGAAGUGUAACUUUUGGACAAAAACUUUAACAUUAUUGUCACACAUGCACUUGAAAAUAUGCAAUGCUGAUCCUGUUGAAACUUUAGGGUGUGCCUAUAUGAAAAAUGGUCGUAACAACACAAAUGAAGCCUCAUGAUAUUCUAAAUUUGAUCUUGGUUUUGCUUUCAUUUCUUAUAGGCUUCCUGAUAAUUGUGCCAAAUGUUGGUUCAGUCAAGUUUCUGCAUCUGCACAUGGUCUUGUUAUCUUUGGGACAUACAAAUGCUUCAUAGAAAAAACAAAACAAAACAAAACAUGCUUUUUGUUGCAUGAUACAGACAUAAUGUGCUCUAAACAGCAUAUAAACCUCCACCAUCAGCUGAUUGUGCUUUUAUUGUUUCUGAAUGCUCUUCAUACACAUGAUUUUUACAACAAGAACCACUGGGCUAAUAUGGUACUAUAACAAUAAUCACUUUGCCCUCCUUGAUCUAAAAAUGGCUGCAAUCUCAAAAACUACCAGCAGGAGGGUGUAGUGGCCUGUGGUUGUACCUCUCUGUUACACAAUUAAAACAUUUUCAUUUUAUGCUUCCAAUGCCAAUGAGAUCCCCAUGUCAGUCAGCUGGAAAACAGUGAGGUUAACUGAUGCUCAGUUGCACAGUUACAUAACAACCGCUGACCCCAGGAGCAUGUGGCGUACUCUUUAUGUAUGGAUUUUACGCUCAGCUUGUGUUGGGAUAUGUUUCAGCCAUUCAUGGGACUGUGCAAGCAGUCAAAAAAUCACCAUGUCCCUGAUGAAAAAGGUCAAUAGGUAGAAAGAAAAAAGAAUGUAUCAUGUGGAGUUAGUGGAGUCUUCUGACAGACAGGAACCUUUCAUCUUUAAUAGGAAUAUCAUAAACAUGUUGCUGUUUGUGUUUUCUUUCUAUACCUGACAGUGUUGCUCUAACCCAUUCAAAUGGAUCAUUAUGAUUGUGGAGCUUAAAGCAUGAUACCAUGAUGCCAGUCAUUCGCAAGUUGGAGCUUAAAGUUGUUUCAAAGUAGAGGAUGAAGUGGACAGGCUUAAUAUCAUAUACCCAUUUGGGGUAGUGGUUUCUUUAACCUUAUGGUUAUCUUAUAAUGUAGACAUGGUCGAAUAAGUCUUUGGUUUGACCAUGAUGGCUCCUUGUUCUGUAUGUGACUUGCGACCCUAAAGAAAAUACAAUAAAAAGAUAUUGUCAAAAAAGUGUCUUUUUCACAGUCCGUACAAUCUCUCAAAGGUAGGACACCCAAAACCAUUUGAAAAGGUGCAUUUAACACAAUAAACACGAACCUCUUUAUAUGUUUACAUAAAAUGAUUAGACUAAAUUUGAUUUCUAUGUUUUAAAGUGGACUAUUGUUCUAACAACAUUAUCUACUCCUUCUCUAGAUAUGCCACCCAUGAUGGAGGUGAAGGGGGAACCAGGCCCCCAAGGGAAACCUGGACCAAGAGGUCCUCCAGGGCCACCAGGGCUUCCAGGAAAACCUGGAAUAGGCAAGCCAGGUCUAAAUGGCCAGCCAGGGCCACAGGGACCUUCUGGUUUUACAGGAAUUGGUAAACCUGGACUAACAGGUCUCCCGGGAAAGAUUGGGCCAAAGGGGAUGCCUGGGCUUAAUGGUGAGGUUGGCCCUCGGGGUGAGCCAGGUCCCAGAGGUCCUUCAGGACAGCCAGGUCUCCCUGGACCAGCUGGCCUCUCUUUGAAUGGGAAACCAGGACUUCCUGGUAUCAAAGGCCCCCCUGGGAGUCGGGGUGAACCAGGAAUUAAGGGUAUACCUGGGGCCCCAGGUGAGCGUGGGAUCAAGGGUGAGAAUGGAAAUGGGAAAACAGGACCCCCAGGUAUAAGGGGUCCACCUGGACUAAAAGGCAGUUCAGGACCACCUGGUCUUCCAGGUAUAGGCAAACCAGGACUAAAAGGUUUACCUGGGCUGCCUGGUCUCAAAGGUGAUCAGGGACUUCCAGGGGAUCGAGGAGAACCAGGAGAGGGUGGGGUGCCAGGUCUACAGGGUUUGCCAGGGCCAGUUGGGAUUGGAAAGCCAGGGGUAGACGGGAUGCCAGGAAUACAAGGUCCACUGGGCCCAAAAGGUGAGCCAGGACUUAGGGGUUCCCCUGGAUUUCCUGGGACACCUGGUUAUGGAAAACCUGGUUUGUCUGGGGCCAAAGGAGAUAAGGGCCAUAAUGGAUUGCCUGGUCUACCAGGGGACAAAGGAGAGCAAGGAAUGGUGGGCCCAACUGGGGAACCGGGCCUGGAUGGACUAACAGGACCACCAGGACUUCAAGGCCCAAUGGGACUCCCAGGGAAGCAUGGAAUGCCAGGGCUGAAGGGCGAGCUGGGGCCUCAGGGUCCUCCAGGGUUGCCUGGUCUUAGAGGAGACCAAGGCCCAAUUGGACCCCCUGGAAAAGUGGGCAUCCCUGGGGACAAAGGCAUUCCUGGGCCAAAUGGUCCUAUUGGAAAACCUGGACCCAAAGGUGAAGCAGGACACAUUGGGCUACCUGGAAAUCCAGGGCUAAUUGGUUCACCAGGUCCUAAAGGUGAGUCAGGGUUUUUAGGGUCUCCUGGCCCCAGGGGACAAUCAGGCAUCCCAGGCCUUCAGGGACCAAUGGGUCCUAUGGGGCCACAGGGUGUUCCUGGCCCAAAGGGUGAACCUGGACUUAUGGGGCCUCCUGGACUUGGUAAAUUGGGAGAAAAAGGAGCUAUUGGCCCUCAAGGUCCCCCGGGGAAACCAGGUCCUGUUGGGCUUAAUGGUAAUCCUGGUCUUCCUGGGCCUCCAGGACCCCCUGGUCCUCCAGGAAAUGGCCAAACAGUCGUUGCAGGGCCAACUGAUUCCCAGCUGGAAGGGGGUGAAGUACCAGGGGACAGGAAGGGACCUGCGUACAGUCAAGUUCCUCUGUCUGCCUCUGUGGCCCCUGCUUUCACAGCCAUACUUACUACACCUUUUCCCCCCUCCGCCAUGCCGAUCAAAUUUGACAGGACUCUGUACAAUGGGCAAAACGCCUACAGCUCUGCUACUGGCAUGUUUACUGCUCCUUUAUCCGGUGUCUACUACUUUGCAUACCACAUGCACGUAAAGGGAACUAGCCUGUGGGUGGCGCUGUACAAGAACAAUGUACCGGCCACUUAUACCUAUGAUGAGUACAAGAAAGGCUACAUGGACCAGGCUUCCGGUAGUGCUGUCCUCGAGCUAAAGGAGGGGGAUCAGGUCUGGGUCCAAAUGCCAUCAGAUCAGGCGAAUGGUCUCUAUUCGACCGAGUACAUCCACUCCUCUUUCUCAGGAUUCCUGCUCUGUCCAACAUAACCCUGCCCCUUUCCAUUCAAACAUGUUCCUGUAUCGGCACCUCAGAGCAUACCUUAACCUAAGAUACCCGCAGCCGUAAUAGCAACACAAAACCCAUAGGAUCUUAUUAUUAUCAUCUUCAUCUGUAUCCAUAUCACCCUCAAUUAAUUCUAAAGAAAAGACAAACUCUGUGAAUGAAAAAAGUUUUAAAAAGCAGGGGAAGGAAUUUCAUACUGUGCUCUUUGUUCAAUGUCCUUCAAAUGUGUGUUUUGGGUUAUAUUUUAUGUUGGUGUUUUUUUUUUUUAGCUUAUAUUAUGUUAAUUAUUAUAUUGUCAUAAUUUUAUUGUUAUUACUUGGUCCUUGUCAUCCUUGAUAUUGUUGUUUAUUGGAUUCAGACAAUUAAGUGCCUUACUUUGUAAUGUGCAAGUAACAAACCCUCCCAUGUGACUGCACAUCCUGCCCUCAUGCGCUGACAUCAGUAGGACGAUAUCACCAGACCCUGGGGGGUGAUUGGUUCCUGUGGCUGCAGUCACGUCCCCCCUCAUGUUCUUGUUUAGACAGUGAGCAGCAAUACUGACAGAGAGAGCAACUAUACAACGUACACAAACUCAAGAAUCAGCAAAACUGGGCAUUUGGUGCUGUAAUACAUUUCUUGACCUUUUUGGUACUCUUAACAAUUUUUAUGUUAAAAAAUAUGAUUAAACCUGAGUGCUUUAACCAGUUUAGGGCUUGAAGAGUGCUAUGUGAGUACAGAACAUUCACCAUUUAUCAUUAACUAGCACAUAUUUGACAGUUAAUUUUCAUUGGAAACUGUUGGGUGCUCAUUUCUCUGCUAUCUUAAAUGUAGUCACUGAACAUUUGAUGGUGGAUCUUUGUUUUUUUGUGAUAAUGUAUGACUCUCCAGAGAUCUUAGAAGUUCAUUUAAGGAAUAAAUGUGACUUCACAUUAUUAGUAUUAUGAAACUAUUAACAUCCCUUGAUAAGCAGUGAAUAUUGUGCAUAGAAAACCUUUUUCUAUCUAUCAUGAUACCUGUAAUUAAGGUUGAUAUGUGUGCAUACUGUCAAUGUUUACAUGCAAUAGAAUGGACACUGCAGGAUAGACAAGGAGAACAAGAACAUGUACAUUGAUAGCCUGUUGAUGAUCUUUAACAAGCAUUGCAUUCAUAGUGAGAAGUCUGGACUUGGAAGAAAGCCCCUUUCUAACCGCAUAUUGCAUAACCUGUUAUGAAGCUGUAAACUUGUUUCUUCUUGGAAAAAUAGGGAGGCGAAUUGAUUAAAUAUAAAAACAUUCACUUCUUCCUUGGAGCCAGUUUGACUUAAGAUCUUACUGGGUAAAUGGGAGCAAUUCUGAAUCAUCCGUUCAUGUAAAUGGAAAGUCUUUUCAAAGUCCCAACCUAUGGUGUACAAAAUAGCUGAAUAAUUGUUACGCUCUCUCCGUGGCCACAAGGACAAAAUGUCUCAGAAAUCGGUGAUGUUGCCGGAAAUGAGAAUCAAUCUGCAUAAACACCACAAAUAAGUAAAGGGACUGGUGGAGGCCCAUGGGUUGUGAAAUACAGGUUGUGUAACAUUUAACAAACUCCUGCCAGAUUUCUAGGAGAGGUGGUGGGCCAGAGGUGAGAGCUGUUUAUUUACUCACUUCUGCUGGAUGAGGCAUUAAAGAUACAGAGUGUGAAUAUUUUAUGUUUUAGGAGGUGUACCCGUCUGUCAUUAUGUGUGUGUUUGUGUGAGUAGAUGUGUCAUGUUGUUCCCCUGGCAUUCCAGUCAGCCGAGAUAAUACCAAACUUGCAGAAGUUAUGAACUCUUAGAAAAAGCUUACAAGUACUGUUAAUGUUCCACUAGAAAUUUGACUUUAAAGCUCUCUUGAGGAGAUUUUGGAGGUUAUGAAACCUGACUUAAUCUGAUUCUGAAGUCUCUCUAUGAUUUGUAGAGGCAAACCAGACAGUAAACAACAAGACUGAUCACUCUAUUUAGUAAUUCUAAAUGUCAAUACUCUUAGAUUGGGGUGCUUAUGUACACUGAGUUGCAGAGACAGCUUUCUGUUCCAUGGCAUGAUUUUACCAUUAAAAGACAGAGGGAAUUUACCUAUACAUGACAAAUUUAAAAAGAGAUAAAUACUCAUAUGUCCACAGGGGGCACCAAAAUCAACACCAACCAAAAAGAUCCUCACAGGAGCUUUAAAGUAUCUCAGUUCUCCUCGAGUAGCCAAAUGUUACAUACUGUUAAAAAUUUUGUUAAAGUAAGGGAAAAUUUUAAAAAGUAGUUGAUUAAUGAGUGUAAUAAAUAGAUUAUGGGUGACAAAAUAUAUACAUUAAUGCUUUAUUAAUGGUUGUCCUUUUGGAAGGCAAGAGCCAUUCAUGUUUGGGAAAAAUUGGUUGAAAUAUUGUUGCUUUUAUCAUAAAACCUGUCCCAUUUGAGUCCAUAUUUAACACAGGAUACUGUAUCAAUUUCAUCAUCCAAAUGGCAUAAUUACACUGAAUCUAGGAGUGCCCUACCACUUUAUGGAGGAUUAUCAGUGUAUUGGAGUAUUGUGCCAAAUAUUGAGCUCACAAUCAGAUUGAUCGUUUAAACUGACUGAUCAACAAUAGACCUAAAAAACAUCCAGAUGCCGAGUCACUGUAAAACAGUUGCUUUAGAAAAGCAACGCUAGCAUAAGGCCUCAUCAGUAUUUUACAUCUAUUUUACGCAAACAAUGCACUUGCCCUUGCUCUUUCUUUUCCACAAUACAGACACAGCUACAACUGCUUUGUAUCAUUAUUGCUAUGUGAGUCUACCAGACAGUCAAAGGCUCGUUAUGUACUGUAUGUUGUCUUUUGUUGCCAUAUAAUUUUGAAAAUAUGAAGCAGUCAUGUGAGUUAUUUUUGGCUGUUGUUCUCUGUUCUGUUCCUUCUGUUUCAUAGACAAUGUCACUUGCUUGCUGAGUUUGCCCCGUGUGCAAAACAUUGAACAAGUGUCAGUAAGAUCCAUGUACCGACUGAAAAAAAGGUUUUAAGUGUUUUCUGUUUUACUUUGAAAAAAAAAAAAAGAAACAAAAAAUAUAUAAAAAGCCUUGCUUCGGUUAUUAAGGGAUAUUUGUUUGUUUUAGUGUCAGUAUAUAAAAACGGCCAUUCCCAUUUGCACAUGAAAUUAAUGAAGAUGUAUUUAUACAUUUAUGAUAAUUUAAUAGGGAUGCCAAAACCGACCACCGAAGCCUAGAACGUAUAAAUGGUAUUUAACAGCAUUGAUGAGUUAAGAGCAUUUACAACACGUAGUUAGCUUUCUAGCGUUGUUUGUGAAGGAUUAUUUGUGGACUUUUAUUUUCUAUUUGUGUUAUGUUCAGUGUAUCAACGUAUAGGAUUUUUGUCAUACAUGACUAUUGCGUGCACUCUAUGCAAUAGAAUUUGGGUAUUAAAUGCACUCUUUUUGAUUGAAAAUGUUUGUCUGCUUAUACAAAAUCUACAGUACUUGAUUGUAUUGAUACCACAUCAAUAAAACAUUUCUUGUA